GCUGUUAUUGCUUGAAGACAAAGUCUACCUUUCUCCACUGCUUGAGGUGAAAUGUGACCUUAUAGAACAUUAUAAGCUUAUAAAUCAUGAUGAGCUGCAACACCUGAAAUCCAUUACCUGUCACACAUAACGACUCCUUCCGCUCUUCAUUCAGACCGAGCUUCUGAGGAGGAGCAAGGAAGAGGAGGAGGAGGAGGAGGAGGAUGGACGGCGAGAAAGGCGCGCUGCUGCGUUCCGCGCGGCAGAGCAUCAUCUCGUGCAACGAGUCGAACUGCACGGCGAGAGGCACGGACACCCUGGCGCUGUCAGCAGCAUCCGCGUGGAGCGCCAACGGCUCGGCGGUGGAUGCAUACCGGCUCGUGGAGCGUCAUCUUGCCCCCUCGGCUGCCUCAACGGUGAGUCACUGCUCAGUUUACUCAUUCUCAUGUUUUAAAGGUGUGGAAACAGCUGACUUUCCGGAUAGUUUGUUAACGAAAUCGUCAUCAAGUAAGGGAAUUUUAUGUUUAUAUGUUUAUUCGACAAGAACCUAAAGAUACAACGAGAAAUAGUGUUGGAAAACCACCGAGAGAGAGAGUUUAUCUUUAAUUCAGACACAGAAAAAAAUGUAAACAAACACUGAGAUUCUAUUAAAAGGCUCUCUCCUACACAGUAUCUGUCUGUCGUGCCCAGCACUCUCAUCCAUAAACACUGCCAAUGUGGCAGAAGCUACAAGAUUUGUGAUGGGAUGAUAAGUUAUUUAAGUCAUGCCGAAUGGUGCAUUUGGUCAUAUUGGUUAAAGUGCAAUCGCAUUUUAAAGCGAUUAUUUUAACUACAUAUCCACAUAUGAAAAUUAAUGUUAAGUUCCAAUUUUUGUGUCUGUAAUUUGACUUCUAUCAGUCCUGAGUUACUUGGCUUUUCAAUCAGCUUACUCAGGAGGUCAAUCUAUAUGCUGUAUAAUAUUUUGUCACAUGUUGUUGUUUGCAAACUUACCAGGUGAUAGGCUAAUACUGAUGAAAUAAUAUGAAAUUUGAAUGACUCAGUGUAACAACAAAAAGGAUGAUGAAUCACUGAAAGGACUGUGAUUUUAAGAUGAUAAGAAACGGUUCUCAUGUAGGACUGACACUUAAAAUGAGACUGAUUGAUUUCAGCUCUUGAUUUAAUUUGUUCAAAAGUAAAAUAUUAGGGCUGAAGUGGAAUGUUUGACUGCAUGUCCUGUAACUUUACUGGUCCAGAGUCAUCGCAUUAGGUUUUUGGUAUUUUUUUAAAUGUAAGAUUCACUGACGGAGAAAAUAUGAGAUGUAUGGAAAGACAAAGAGAGAGAGAGAGGCAGAGUGAGUGCUUUAGAGGGUUGUGCUAACAGCACAUUGUGUCUCUUGGACAUAUCAGCUUGAAUGAAUGCAUGGAUGCAACUUUCCUCCUCUGAGGGCUUCGCUUGGUUUAUCUGACAAACUGCACAAGCCUUCUGUGCCACAUGGAAACACUUACACAUGACUCUUACACUCAGCUGCACAAGAAGAAAAAUGUGUUAGAAACCACUUCUGCUUUUGUGGUUUUGAAAAACACAAAUGCAUGCACUCUCUCACAUAAACAGAUACGUGGAGGGGUGCAAGAGUCAGUGCAGAAAUGCUUCAACAACACCUCAGAGCAGCACAGACAUCACGCUUCACACCUGAAAGGUUGACUUUAUUUUCUCCUUGGGUGGUGAUGCAGCUGUAUGCUCCUGUAGGAUGUUCAGGUGAUCGGUGGAGGACUGAUAACACAACUGUCUGCAUAUUUCCUGCCUUCUGGAGGAUUACAUUGUGUGUCUGGUAUUGAUUGUCUCUGCCCAUUGUUUGGGAAACAUAUAUUGGCAUAUGUACAGUAUAUAGAGCCCAGCUCCAAACAGCUGCUAAUGUUGUAUUGAUCUGACACUGGUGCAUAUACUGUUUUGUUAAGCUGUUGUUAUAUGUAAAAUGACUCACAGAAACCAGCAUUACUUUUACUUCAUGCAGCAUUUUAAGACUCUGUUAUGUGGUUUGGAUGCAGGGCUGAAGCUGAACGAGUGUGUGUGCUGUUUCUUAUUGCCUUUGACUUCACUCACGAAACCAAUAAUGUCAAAUACUCUUUUAUAUUCCUAAAACUACAAAAAGGUCAAAUGUCAGAGUCUUCAAAACAAUGUGUAUGCAGCUGGAGUGGCCGUCAAACAUGUGGUCAUGCAAAAGUUGUGCACUUUUUCCAGGCCUGUCAGCUGAACAGCUGAACAGCUGAACAGGCUGAACUUCAAUAGAUAUGGAUAUGAAUGUAUACAAUAAUAAUUACUGAAAGCUGAUGGUUCCUUCUUGUAGUACCCUCAGCCAUCAGUGUAUAAAUGUGAGGUAAAUGGGUGAGUAAGACCUUUCCACAGUUGAUUUCCUGCUCAUUUGGAUACCAGUCUUUGACUAUUGUGCUUGUAUUAUUGGUGUGUAUGCUAAGAGAUUGUAAUGUUUCGCAUUUUACGUUGUAUUCUGAUUUUGUAGUCAUAAACACAUUCCUCUUUGUUUUUCUGUUUCUUACAUAAUUAGCGGCAAAAAGUCCUGUUGUUGUCGACAGAUGGGCCACAUGGUUGUUUUGUAUUAACAAUAAAUCCAUCAUUAGUGCAUGGGUAUUUCUCCUACCUGCUGUGUGUGUCUGCUGCUCCCACCAUCACAACCACUACACUGCUUACUUUGAAUUCAUAGGUAGGGGUGGGAAUUUAGAACUGAGGGGUGUGGGGGGUGUAUUUGGGGAAAAAUCACUAUCACAUGUAAAUGGAAAAUUAUGCAAAGUAGGCAUCCAAGAUGCAUCCUCUCGUGACUUGAACAACUACUCGGAAACUCGCCAGCGACUUUCAUUAUUGAAGAGCUGGAAACACUGUCUGGUUUCUACUGUGUGUUUCUGUCACAUCCAGGGACUUCUCUAUCCCAAAGAGAAGAUAAAUAGGGUGACCAUACGUCCUCUUUUACUAGGACAUGUCCUUUUUUGGGGGGCUGUCCAGCCUGUCUGGCCUUGUCUGGCUUACUGAGGCAAGUUUAUAUUAUCCUUCAGAUGUCCAAGGUUUUGUAUGAAAGUUUUGACUUUGUGUUGUAUGGACUUACUGAAUUAGAAGUGCAUUAAAAACUACAUUAAAAGUACAUUAAAAGACCCGAAAAAUUUUCAGAAUUAACGAUGUGUGACUCUGUGACUCCGCCCCUGUCCUCUUUUUUGGGAUUCAAAAUCUGGUCGCCCCAAGAUUGGUGUAUUUUCAGAGAUCUUGCCUGGAUCCAACCCCCAAAAAUAAAUAUAGUCUGUGAUGAUUAAUAUUCAAAUUUUUGUGAAAUUGUGUGUUUUUUUAAAUUGUGGUAGCUUACAGAAGCUUUUUUUUUUUUUUUGGGCAUGCUGACCAAUCAGAGGCUAUAUCUUUAAUCAGCUGACCUGUAAAAGUCCACCCACAAAGCUAGGCUUCAUCACGGCAGAGCAAAAUUCAUGUUGUUAUUGUUAUUGACACGGACAACACUUUAAGGCCUAUUUUUUUCAAUCCAGAGAAUCCAGACUGAUAAAGGAAGAGGCAGAAUCAAUUAUGGCAUUGGUAUCACUGAAAUCAUAUAAUUUCCUGUGUCUAUUGAUAGCUUGGAAUAUACUGUGAUUUUAUUUAGUCGUUUAGCCUCUGUGAAAACACACAUGCUACAUGUAGGAGUAUUAGAAAGAGAGCAGAGAAGAAACCUUGAUCCUACAUGUAUAUUUUUCCAUUCAGUCCUCACCUGCGGACUCCUAACAGGAAGCUUCAUGGCACUAUACAAUAACUGACACCCACAAAAUGACUUAAUUAGAACAAAAGUUAAAAAAUACAGAUACAAAUCACACACUUCACAGAUACACACCACCUGACAGCUUCUCUAGAUUAUGAAUGAGGAUACUUUUAUUUUGGUGAUGCAUCAUUUUUGGGGCAAGGAGUAAUUUAUUUUGCCUUUCAUUAACAUUUUGUAAAAUGUUUGUUCAUAGUGCAAGUGCUUAAAAAAAGUUUUUGCAUGACAGCUAAUUACCUUCCUCCUAGCACUGCACCUUGCCUUGUUUUCUUUCCUGAACUGAAGCCACACUCCUACCACUUUCACAGAAUUGUGCUGUAAGCUAUGCAUGCUAAAUAAACAGACAAUAUGUUGUUGCAUUUGGUGUCUCAGUCUUGCAGACAUGUUACCGCAGGAGGCCUGAUGUAAUCUUUAAGCUAUUGAGACUUUCUUAGCAAUAAUUAAGAGAUUAUCUGGCUGUUUAAUUUUGGUUGUUUUUGUUCUGCUCCAGCCUUUGGUGAUUCAGUAAUUGAAGCAGGUGCAGGUGUUCAUUUAGAAGAUGUAUCUUGAUGAACGGUGUUUUAGUUGAUUUUUCCCACCUUGAUUGACUGUUACAGCAGCUGGCAAACAUCUGCCAUCCACAGGGAUCAUUAAAAUAAUGUGAUUUAAGAUAGCUUCUCAUUCAUAUGAAACAAACCAUCGGUAGUCCGUGGGUCCCUGAGGGCCUUUAUAGGCGGGUGGUGGUCUGGCAUGCUGCUGCAACAGUAAAUCUGUGAAAUCUGUGUUGAUAUUCUGCCGGCAGGUUGGUAUUUACUCAGCCGCUCAUGGUUCAAACCUGUCGCCUGACAGAAAAGUCACUGCCCGGCUGCUUCCAUCCGUCUCACAGACUGAUGCAGAUAAGGAGCUCAAGAUGGGGGACUCACUGUCCGCUGCGUCUCCACCCAGCUGCUCCUAAUCCACCACUGUUGUUUCUCCUGCCAGGCAUAGUUCAGGGUUAAAGGGUCACAUGUAACACAUUUCAUCCAUCUCCUCUCAAGGCACCGUUCCAUACUGAGAGUGUUGGUGUCAAACAUUUAGAAGUCUGUCUGAGUUUGUGUCUCCUCCUGUUUGGAGACAAUCGAUCGAUAAGCCACAUCCUCAUUCACAGACAAUGUUGUGACCUCUGCAUAUUACAAGCAGCUUUGUGUGACAGUGCAGGUAGAUACAGAGAAAAUUCUUUGCAACAGUCUUACAUGUGAGGUACAAACUCUGGCAUCAGCAUCUGUGACACAAAUGCUCUGAUGUGAAAAACCUUCAGCGGUUGUCUGUCUUACUUUUUAAAGUCAAAUGUUGACAUGUAGGUACAUUUAAAGAAUCUGCUAUAUUUCACUUUUUGGUCAAAUUCAAUCUAUCAAUCAAAUAAUCAACAUACAUACAUGAGUUACAAUAAACACCUGAGAUGUAUACAAACAGGUGUUCAGUUAUUAUACUAGUAAAUUUUAUAAUUACACAGAGCCACUUUAAAACAUGUUUCCAUAUUGGUUAUUGUAUUGGUUCCCCAUUCCUCCAUUUUAUAUCUGAACUGCAGCUGAGAUAAAACAUCUCAAAUUGUCACACAAUUCACCAGAAUGCAUUAAAGCAGCACAUUUAUUCAAGGAAAUAAUUGGGAGUUGUUUAAUCUAUCUCAUACUGAUGAUGUGAAAGAGAUCUAAUGAGCCUUAAUUUUCACAUACCCUCUCUAUAAUUUUUCCUCUCUGAUAGUUCCCCCUUCAUUUUGCUAGUGCAGCUGUAUUGAAUUCAGUCUUCAGUAGCAUAUGUGAUUUACCUCUUCCUUUACUCAUGUCGUAGUUUUCUCAGAGUUUCUGGAUUAUGACAACAUGCUGGAGGGACACUUUUCCAUGUUCACUAUUAGUAGAGAAGGACCUGGGCAGACAUCGUAGAGCUUGGAAAGCAUGUGUGCACUGGAAGAAGGGCCUUCACUUCUCAGCUGUUUAAAGGAAAUUAAAUGAUCUCAUUAUUUCAGUGAUUAAUUAUUUUGCUCCUCGAGCUUCCACUUUAUCAUGGUGGAGGGGUUUGUGUGUCCCAAUGAUCCCAGGAGCUCAAUUGUUGGGCCUUAAUGCAUCUGUGUCAGGGAAUAGCCCUAGUUUUUUUUUGUUGUUGUUUUUGUUAAAUGUUGGUACUUGGAUUGAGAGGAGGGUGCAUCUUCCUCUCAACCUGCGUGUUUAUUUAGAUGUUUCGGUGACCUUUUCUUGAUCAGCCUACCCUUUAAAUGUUGAUUAAGUUAAAGAUAUCUCUAGUAUGUAAGUUGAAGGUCCAAUCUCCCACUGUGGAUGUGCUUCCAGAGCUCUGUGUCUGCAGGCACUCAUGGAUUGGUAUGUUUCUAAUCCUGUCCCUUCAAGAUACAUGUCUGAAGCGCCUAAGGUUGUUUAUAGAGGAAGAUAUUUGUCAGAAAGUUUCUGUAUUAAAGCUGUUGCAUCAUUAUUACAUUUUAAAUGACUGUAACUUAGCUGAAACAGUAUGAAGUGGACUAAAUGUGCUAAAUUUAAACUUGACAUUGUAAGAAAGACAAUCAGAGAUCGAGAGACCAACAGAUAUGACGAGUUCACAAACAACACAGGCUUUACAUACACAUACACAUACACAUACACAGGGUUUUUCCAUCCUGCUGGCACUGGAACAUUAUCUGCUGCAGGCUAAAAAGCGAUACAUCGCCUCACCAUUCUGCCUCCGUACAGCUAACACAGGACAGCAGGAUGCAACAGUCCUAGCUGUGUGGAAUUGGCGUAAGACGUCUGCAGAAUUCCCAUAAUGAACUGGACUUAGGAGGCGAACAGACUGAAUACACCAGGGAGGGAAGGAUAAUGAGGAACAGGAGAGAUUGAUGAGGGUGUGGUGGUCAAUUAUAUAGGCAGACACAGCAGGAACUGAAAGUUACUUAAACAAGAGAAAAGGCCAGCAUACUGAAAUGAAAAUGGAAACAAUGAACGGAUGAAUUCCUCAAAACAAUUGUCUGCUUUUGAGUGAUAUCAGAGGAUGACAAACAGCAGAAAUGUUUAGAUUUAGGUGGUACAUUAAAAAUGACUAGAAACCAAACCAAUGAUCUCCCUUAUGGAGGUUAGUGAAAGACAAAUGCAAAAACAGAUCAAUAUUAGCAGGUCUCGUUAAAACCAUAGAUUAGAUUUAUGUAGGCUGAUAUGCCUGCAGGCUGUUAAUUGAUGUGAACACAUGACAUGUAUGUUAGCAGACAACUGUAAUCUCAACAGAGUUUGUGUAAGCAGCAGUCACAAAUGUGGAUUGAUGCGACACAUUAAUGUCACAGUGAAAUGUAAAGUGAUGGCAUUUGGAUGACAUUUCAUGGCUGUAUUUCUUUCUUACACUCAACAUAUUAAAAAGAUGACAUCUCAGAUCAUACAAACUGCUUGUUGUGGGUACUGGUGUUAUUGGAAAAUGACUCAUAUGAUCUAAGUCUGGUGCAUAUGGAAAUAUUUUACAGUUAAUCUUGCUUUGCAUUGUUUGACGACUUUGUUUUUUGAUGCCACAGCUGCCAUAGAGAGGUGCUUUGACUUUUUUUAUGGCAAAGAUUAAAGGUUCCUGAGAGGAUUCAUUUUACAGGUCAAAGGCAAUCAAGUAUUUUCAAAAAGGCUGAAUAUAUCUGCAGAGGCAGUAAAAUGCUCUGAACAUUAUGUACAGAGCUUCACAUGAAUGUUUCCACUUUCAGAGGUAGAAAUGCCAGUCAACAAAAAGUAUUUUCUUUAUUCUGAAAUUCCCAAACCCUCACCUGGUUUCCAUUAAAUGUUACACAAGAUGUAUUCAAGCUUUCAGCAAAGUAACAAAUAACCAGAUUCAUGUUUCCAUUCACCACUUAUGAAAGUAAAGUGUUAUUCUCCUGAGGGUGCCAUUCAACUAUUGACACAGUGAGAUGACAUUAGUGAGAGCACAUCUUUAAAACACCCCAGUAAAGGCCAAGCAGCAACCUUGGGUGCUAAAAAAUGAAGCCAAAGCAGGAGUGCAACAUACUGCCAUCUCUUAAGGAAUCUUUUCUUGUAUAUUUGUUGCUUUAGGUGGCACUUGGCUGUAUUUUUAGUUUGCUCUGUUUCCCAAGGCAAAUAUCACCUUUGGGACAGGGAAGUUCUCUGUGUCAGAUCUCCUUGAGGAACUGUGGCGUUGGGUUGAAUUUGGUGCCCUCUGUUGGCAAAGAUUUCCAUCUGAUAACUUCCAUCUAAUAUGUCUCCCUGCUUUUUUUGUAUUACUUCUCAUGAGUGUCUGCAGUUAAGAGAGUCUGUUCAAACAUGCUGUCUGUCGUCUUGCCCGAGACAGCAAAAUUUUUAGUGUAAAAACUGACAGUCUUGUUGCAGAUGAUCUGGUUUGCUUUUGUUGAUCAUGAAGAGGCAUCUGUAUCAAUUUCAGUCUGUUUAACGGUCAGUAAAGGGGUCCUGACAGGGGCUUUGAUUGUCAUUAGCUCCUGUGUUCAAAUGUCCAUUUUUCCAACAGGAUGAAUGUGUUUACACUUCAGCACAAAAAAUCCCUUGAUGAGGGGCAUCGCUUUGUUGACUGAAAUGUGUGUGAGAUAAUUUUUGAAACAUCUUGGGAAUACAUAUUAUAGUGCUGCAUGAGAUAUCUUUGAAUAAUGCACUUGCAAUGUGUACACAUGCAAAAGUAUCAUCUCUGGCCGAAUGGUGUCCAUCAUAUGACCUGAAAGUCACCAUGUUGUCACCACUCCCUGGUUUUCAAGGGAGUUUUUUGAUAUACAAACUGAAAAUUGUCAAGUAAACAGAUUGGCAGAAAUGUAUUUACUAUAGAUAUAUUAAACAGUUACAUUUAAAAACCAGGGUUACUUCUAAUUUGAUAUACUAUUGUAAGUUUUAGCUUUAACACAACCACAGUAUACUUGAAAAUACAAAGGGGUCAUUACAAGUGACUGAGUAGACGGUGUACAUAAAAAGAAACAAGCUGUAAGAGGCAAAAGUUAACUUCAUGUGUGGAGGAGGAAUUUUUAGUGCUGUGAGUGUCAUGAUAUGUUCCGUUGAUUAAGUAUUUCCUUGGUUUUGUGAUUUGAGUGUAUUUUUCUUUGUGUUGUCCCUAGUGUUUCUGUUCCCUAUUGUUCCUGUUCCUCUGUAGUCUUGUCUUGUGAGUUUUUAGUUUCUGUUUGACUGUGUUUCCCUCCUGUUCUCUGUGUUUUAUUCUUUAUGUCAGUUUUCAGUGUUUCCUGUUUUAUUUUGUAGUAGCUUGUUCCCUGUAUUUCUAGUCUGGUUUUACUUCCCUAGUCUUCCCUCCCUCGUUAAUCACCCAUGAGUUUCACCUGUGUCUCGUUUGCCUCACCUGUGUCUCGUUUCCCAGUGUGUAUAUAGUCCCUGUCCUCCCUCUGUCCUUGUUGGUUCAUUGUAUGAACCAACUUACAUUUAAAGUAAGUUUUUGUUGCUUUUCAUUUAGUUAUUUUUAAAUAAGUCCUUUUUUGUCUGCAUUUUGGGUCCUUUCCCUUUUGUUGAACCCCGGACUGUGACAGUGACAUGUUUAGAAGAUAUGGACUGGACCUUUUACACAAAUGUAAGUUUAUCAAUUUUCCUUUUUCCUCUGGAUAACAAAUAACCUUCAACUCCAUAAACCUUAAAAAUAAGAAAUUCAAGAAUGCAAAGAUCCUUAAUUUGUUAAGCAGCUCAAAAUUUAAAGAUAAUCACAUCCGUCUUGCCACUCUGUUUCUUCAUUCACCUCUGAAGGCGAACAAUUUUCUUGAGUAGGAUGAAGGGGUGUUUGUGAAAUGAGGAAAAUGAAUCGUUGGCUUACAGAAGUGCGUAUCACAGACUUCCUCUGGAGUUUCUGGUGUCUCUGGAGUCAAUAUUUAUGACCCACACAGCAGCAGGCUUUAUAAAUUUUCAGCAGAUGUUCAGUAUUCCAGCUCCCUGACAAUAUGUGAGACACUCCACUGAUUCUGCAGGCAGACGUCUGGCCUUGUGUCAUGUUUAGCUGGGGUUGUGGUGACUGAAAAUGCUCUGGCCCUAACAUGGCUGAAAAUGACAAAGGAUUGAAACUGUUUCUACAGCUAACAUUUAAGUCCAGAAGCAGUAAUUCAAGGUUUGAUCCAGGAGAUGAAAGCAUUUGGCUGAAUUUUUUGAGGAUAUUUCACCUCUGGUCUUUGAAAGAUCUUCAAACACCUUUUAAUAGCCAGACUGAAAUUUCUAAAUGAAGAGCUCCUCAGCUGUAAGCCAAAUGCCAAAGAGAUUAAACUGAAAAAAGGAGGAUCUCAUCGUUAUUCAGAAAGCUAUCACACAAAUUCUUUCUGUAACAAUGUCUGUACAGUUUCAAAAAGUCUCAAUGAUGCCGCUGAUAUGAACAUCAUGUUAAAAAAACUCUCUUGUAGGCCUUUUAAGAAAGAAAUACUCAAGUAUUGAAGUGUUUUGUUAUUCAGUCUGGAGGCUGAAAAAGAUUCAUGGUGCCCAGGAAAUCAUCUUUGAGCAACAACAACAAAAAGCUAUAUAAGGUGCAGGGAAUGCAAACAGACUGCAGGGAUGAAAAGAUGAAACGAUAGAAGCAAAUAUGUGCAGCUAAUGUAUAUCACGUAACUCACACACACACACUCACACACACUGAAAGGAUUUGUGGCCGCAAGGUAUAUGAAACAGAAGUAAACUUGGUGUUAUUAGAUAAUUCCCUGCAGGUGAAGCUCUGGACUAGGGUCAAAGGGUCUUCUGGUUUAACUGUUUGAAGACCAAAGACCUGUAACCCAAAUCUGAUCACCGACUGAUUUGCUGGGAAACAGGUUUCAAGAAAUGGACUACUGUUAAGUUUACUCGUACACAGCACCAUUUGUACUCUGUAAUUUUUGUGUUAUUUUUCCAUCAAACAGCUUAAAGCUGCUAUGUGGAUUUUCAGUUAGCAGUGAUUUUGGCUCCCCCUUGUGGUCAUAGCAGAAACUCAGUUUCUUUGCUGAUCUUGUCCUGAAUGUGUGUAAGUUGUUGGGUUUUCUGUUGAUAGAUCUCAUUCUGUCUUUACAGUCAGACAUUUAAAACUCUCGUGAGUCUUUGCUGUAGAAAAUGUAAACAAGCUUGAAACUCACUUUAUCAGAUUCUUACCAGGCAACCGCUGAAAAUAGAGCUUGUAUUUGGCUGCAAUUAGCAAAACAGAAUUUAAAUGGAUUAUCACCGAUAAUUAUUUUUACUUAUUGCUCAAAAGUAUACAAAUCAGUGUAAAAACUUUAGAGAUUAAAAGCAUUUGUUUUAUUUUAACUUUUAUAUUUAGUAAGUGGCAGAUCCCCUACCAUAGAUGCUUCAAUCUUGCACCGCUGUGGUAAAAACUGUAUCUUUUUAAAAUAUAAGACUUAGUUGGUCAAAAAGAGGCCUUAGUGUAAGUUUAAGUCUGUUUCAUUGCCAGUUAAGGAAGGAGCUCAAAGUUCCUCUAUGACUAAGUUUUUGAGCAGCUGGGGUUAGGCUUCUUGGUUAUGGCAAAAACGUAUAGUCUCAGUUAUUUUGGAGGCAAGCAGAUGAAGAUCGUUAAACAUCACAAGUCUUGGCUGGUGACAAAUCUAAAAUGUCCCAGCCUGGCUGGAAGUAAACAAAAUUCUCAUAAAUUCAGGCAGAUGGUGGACUGCAAAUAGGAUAACAUUUCAGAGGAUGACAGCUGGGUGAAAAAAAUACGGCAAGACCAGCAAAGAAUACCUGCGAAGGGAGACUGUGUUUAUACUUUUCACACAAGUAGGAGACAGAUUCGUGGUUCAGGUAGUUCUCAGCAGAAUGAAGAGUCUGGGCUUUGAGACAGUUAAAGACAAAUGGGGUGCUGUUUUUUUUAAAUAAGUGAUGAGAAGAUAAUAUUUAAUCUUGAUUUAUUAUGUUUUCUGAAAUAUUUGGUAUUCAUAACCAAUGGAAGCCAACGUUUUAAAUGCAAAUGCAAAACCCACAUCAACCACCCAGAUAGGGUCAGGGUUCCCUGUGGGUUUAAAACGCAACCUCCUAUAGCCUCAGCUGUUCAACAAACCCUAACCCAGUCAUGGAAAUAAACAAGUUAACUCAAAACAUUGUUUUAAAAAUAGUUUCAAUAUGUUGAAUAAAGAGCAACAGAGUCAAAUUUAUGUACCCCCUCUGAACAUAACUUAAAAAAUCAUUGUCCCAUGGGUGCCCAUCAUCCGUUGGACUCUGCUAUGACCUAUAGUAAUUGUCUCCGUUUGACAACUAAGGAUUCAGAAGGUUCCUGAACACACUGAAUCCAAAGUAUAGAUACUAGCCCUCCUUUACCCAGACAUGUCGUCUUUUUUUAGGGGCUGUCCAGGUUUGUCUGGCUUUGUCUGGGAAAGUUUAUAAAAUCCUUCAAAUGUCUGCGGUAUUGUACAUACGUUUCGAGUUUGUGUCACGUGGACUUACUGAGUUAGAAGCGUGUAAAAGACACUCAAUCCGACCUGAAAAACUCUCAAAAUUAACUUUGUGUGACUCCGCCCCUGUGUAGUCGCUUCCUCUUUUUGGGAAGUCAGAAUAUGGUCACCCUUAUAGAUACCAAUCAUGACUUUACUUCAAUCAACCACUAUUGGCAGCUUUCCAUAGAGGAAAAUCUGAAUCAAGUAGAUAACACAGCCUUGUGAUUGGUUGAAAGGUAAUAAUCAACCUUACACCCAGUGGUACAGUCUACUGUCAGCUUUAGCAGUAUGCAGCCCUGACACUGCAGGAUCUUCAAAUACUGUUGAAGUGUUGUAGUGGUGUUAGUUUGGAUCUUCUACUUAUGUGGGGAAUAAACAUAAUUCCUUCAUGUCUGAUAAACUCACUGAAAUCAUCUGAAGUUUUUGAACAUGAAAUAUUGGUUUAGGAACUGCAGAUUAAACAUUUUUCGCUCCAACUAAAAGCAUAAACUCAAUGUCUUGUUGAUCUUUAUGAAAACUGAAUUGUAGAUUGAUGUUUUCAUUAAAAUCCUCCUUUGUUUAAAUCCAGUGAAACCAACCUGCAAAACUUUCCAUUUCAAAGUACAGGAUAUAUUUAAUGUGUUUAUUUCUCUUGCUUCUGUAUUUUAGUUUUCUGUCAAUGUCCUCUAAUGAUGCAGUUAUGAAAAGAGACUGUUUUGAUAACCGGCCAUGUUGAUACACCCAAGAACAUUUCCAGAUUUGAGAGUUGGCCCCCAGAAAGCAUUUCUAUGUCAGACUCAUUAAUCAGAAAAUCAAACCGAGACGACAAACGAUAAGCAAACAAAGACAUGAUGAACAGGAUAAUGUGAGUUCACAACGGCUGUUUUUGAAAUCUGAGCAACCAAAACUUCAACAAGACGGAGAAACUGUUAGUCCAAAGAUGGAUUUUGGAGAUGAAAAACCAACAAAUGCCAACCUGUUAAAGUUUUAUCCCCGUGUUAAUACCUUGAGAUGUUGAAGAAUCAGGCCCAAAAUGGCUUGUCUUGCCUUUGUUCAGCUAACAGUCUGUGGUUUGUUUGGAUCAUGGAGCCGCUGGUCCACAGAGGACGUGGGAACAAGUCAAAACUAAAUUUUAGACCUUUUUUUUUCACGCUAGUAAUCUUUGAAUAAUCCCCCUCUGGCCCUAAAACUUGCAUCUUUGAAACACCAAAGGAUCCUGGUGUCAUAAAGCUUGUAAUUGAAAUAAAGCCCUGUCUCUUUUCUGUGGAAUGAAGUUCACCGAUGGGUCAGGUUCAAAAGGCCUGCUCAUAAUCCAGCUAACUGCAAACCGGUGUUUUUGCGGGUUUGAUCUUUGAGGAGAGGAAAUUUUAGGGCACAGCGGUGUUAGAAAUAAUCUGACAGUGAUGAUCUACAUUUUUCUGUUUCUAUCCCGUGUCUUUCCUCUGUGGUUUACUGGUCCAACUCUGGUAUCAUGUUUCCUGAAAUGACUGUUAUCUAACCAGUGAACUUUUCAUGCUAUAGUUCUGGUUUUAGCAUCUGCUGAGCAGUGAUCAGGGGAGAUUGUCUGAAUUCCAAGUAAAUAAAAUACAUCUGCUAAUGAGCCACACUAGUGAGAGUUUCUUUUUUUAUAGAGUUAAUGCAGUUAACGAUGAACUUUAAUGUUUUGUAAACUGUAUCAUUGAACAUUAAUAGCCUCACUUGUUCGAAUCAGAAUGAAAAGUCAGAUAAUCAAAAUGGUCACUGAGUUGAAGAUUAAUUUAUUAGUCAGUUAUAGUGAGUACGUCUACAUGACACUCGAGAAAACCAAAUUAUUGCCUUACUCAGAUUAAUACCAAACAACUGAAGUGCAUGUAAGCAUCUUAGUCCGACUAUAAUCAGAGUUUGAGAACUCAGAUUAAGACACCCAGAUAAUGCAAUUGGAAUUCAAUUUUCUCUACCAUAUAACCAGCGUGGUCAGAGUAUGAAUGCAUGUAUACGUGCACCAUGCCCUGAACAACCCUGUAACAAAAACACCAGAGAAGAAGUGGCAGUAUCAUUGAAAGAACUUUCGACUCAGAAGCAACUGCAACAUGAAGCACAAAAGAGUGUACAGUACUCCAAGCACUUUUGGAGCAAAGAGGAGAGUGCCCCUAUGUUCUCCCUCCUGAAAGAAAUGGACAUUUUGAAGUAUAUGGAUGGUCGCAAAAUGAGGAACGGAGACCUCUUUAAAAAAAGUUGCUGACCAGAUGGGAGACGCCGGCUUCACUCGAAGUUGUGGACAGUUGUAUGGGGUCAACCGGAAACAGUUUGGGGGGAGAGGACACUUUCACGUCAAUAAUUUGAUUUUCUCAGCUGCAUGUAUACAUGGACAAGGAGAGAAGUCCGAUUCUGCCAAAAAAAAAAAAAGAAUUAUGAGCUUAGUCCGAUUGAGCUGUACAUGUAAAUGCACUGAGUGUGACCCAGUAUGCUUGUCAUAUGUCAUAUUUAAGCUCUUGCAUAGGCACCCAAUACUAAGCUGUUUCUGUAGCUUUGAUGAAUAAAGGCUGCUGCCAAAGUGCCAUGACAAAGCACAGAUGACUGGCAGUAUUCAGUUGAAUAUAACAUUGCAGGUUGGCUGUCAAACUAAACUGUCAUCUAACUACACAACUGAUGGCUGGUGAUGCUAGCUUUGCUAACGUUAGCCAUUCACAGGUAACCCAUUUGACCGUGUAUCUCGACACAGUGGGCUCAUAUUUAGCUGUAAUGAUAUGCUCAUUAACAUGUCCCAGUACCCACAUUCCUGUUUCCACAAAAUCAAGCUCUUUUAAGUUAAUGCAUUUUAAAACUGUUUCUGUUGCACUUAGAUCGUGGGGUGGGAAUGAGGGGUUGGGCUGGGGUAGAUUUGGGUAUUCUUUGUUUCUAUUAUUCCUUUUUUUGUGUUAAGCACUUUGUGCUACAUGGUUGUGUAGGAUUGAUUGAUACAUUUUGCUCAAUUUAGACUGUUAAGGGGUGUUCAUUUGAUUUUAGACGAGCCAUUUAGUUAAGAUUAAAAUCUUUACUUUUUAAUUAGAUGCUUUGGAACGUACACCUUACGUAUUUUACACCUUAUGCAUGUUGUUACAAAUAGCAGGAGAGCUUUGGCUGAAAGCGCUCAGUAGCUUUUUUGUGACUUUUCUGCACACAGUCAUCAAACUGAUAUUAUUGCCUGUAUUUAGUAUAACUUCUUCUGUGACGUACUUCCAUUUGUGAUUAGAUCCUCUUGUUCUGUAAAUGCAGUGGGCUAAGAUAAGUGCACGAGUCGGAAAUAGCCCCAUUGACAUGUUUUGUGUUUGUUGAAUGGACUCUAAUGAGUACAGAGUUGUCUUCUUUGGAGCAGAAUAAGAAGGUAUUGAAAGGCAUAAGGUAAAAAUGUUUAAAGGUUGAUUUCUCUUCAUUUAAUCAGCAGUACAUGAUUGACCCGUCCAUUACUUGGAUGUAAGCAGUUAACUGUUGAAAGUGGAUUGAAGAACAGUAUUGAUUACCUUCUUGUGAAGUCUUGCAACAGUGUUCAAACAUGUCUUUCACACUUUAAUAGUGAUGUCUUUCUCUGACUAUCAGGUACUGAGCCUGUCAACAUAAGGUCUGUUUGAGUGACAGAUGAAAUGAGAGCUGUGGGAUGUCAUUUAGAUGUCUGGAAUCAGACUCCUGGUGAGGGUCUAAGAAUAGAAAAAAAUCUCAUCCAUCCAGAAGUUUAGUUUCCUUCUGUAAUGAGUGUAAGAAGUCUGGCAUUACAGCAGACAUGUAAUACUGUUUGACAUGUAGAUGAAAUAAAUGAAAGUAUUUAUACGGCUCAGUAGACUCAGAGUACUCUACAUCACUCUCUGAGGCAAAAGUCAUACAAAUAAAGUCUGGAGCGGCGUCUUUGUGAGAUCUGUCAGGUCGCUGCAAACAGAAUGGAUAACCCUGAUCUCACUCUCUGGAUAUUCAUGUUUUAAUCUGUAUUUCCUUCAGUAGUAAAAAGUGAUUCAUAUAUGAAAAGUGACAAACUAAGAAGAGGAAAGUCAUGGAAAUCACCAACAAAUCCUUGAGCCUCAGAAUAUUUGUUUGAUUACCUUAAAGUAUUGUUUUGUUUCAAUCAUAGCCAAUGUUUUUUCAGCUAUAGCCUCUUAAGCUAUUUGCAUGUCUGUAUGGUGAUUGGUUUAGAGCUGAAAAUUACACAUGCACUGAAACACAAACCUUUCCAUCUGCCCAUAAACAAAAGAGAUUUUAUAAGUUGAGUUUCACAUUAUUUUAAGAACCACUCAGCUUGGUAAAAAGAGUGAAUUUUCAAUCAACACCAAUUGUCAUCUUGAUGAUAGGGUAUCGUUCCUUAAAUUCACAGUCUAUAUUUAAUUAUACUCCCUUUCUUCUUAAUGGCCUCUCAUCUCUGGAGAGCAGCCUUUUAUACUGCAAGAUCUGGCCAGAGGCUCGUAGGGAUGUUCAAAACUGGCCAACAAUGACUUUCUAUUAUUCCCUUUAACAUAAGUUUGAAUCAUUAAAAUAUCUAUUCUCACAUAAAUGAUUUCUUUAGUUAUUAGAUCAUGCACAGAAAGUUGAUGCCAUCCUGCUGCACUGACAAAGAGACAGAAAUGGUAUAAUUCACCACGAACACGGACUGUUAUGGAGCUAUCAUUUUACUGUAUGAAAUGAAAUGCUGUAUUUCAAACAUGUACGUGUAACACAAGAAAGUUAACUGAGAAAAACAAACAAAACCAAUGAGAAUAUUCAAAACAACAAUAGACAAAGCAACAUAAAUAAAUAAAUCAAUAAAUUUAAUAAAACAUGAUGAAAAUAAGAAUAAUGUAAACCCGACAUGUCCGAAACGGAGUAAGAUGAAGCAUUAUGCUAAUUUCAACCUACCUCUUCUCCGCUACUCAAUUGACAUUCAGUCUCUCCAACAUACAGUGCAUAUUACCAAAAAAUAGAUAAAAAUAUAGAGUAAAUAAACAAGUGCAUAAAUCAAUUAUGAAAACACCUGAUGGUUAAAGCCCUUCUUCCUCCCUGUACCUGGUGAAAAUCCUGUGUUUGUACUGCUUUUUAAACUGGGUCAUAUUGUAAUAAUGCAUAUGACAAAGGCUACCAUAUAGCCUCAUAUCUCUUGGGUGACUGAAAAAGGUUUAUUUUCUCUGUACGCUGCUGUUUCAUUGUUCAUGUUCAUCUUCAAAGACAGCGUAAGCAGAGCAGAGUCAUCCCCUAACUCAGUGUAGUGCACAUUUCUCUAAACUUCAUCCUAAUCAGCUUAUGAAAGACUGUAAUGUUGAUUGUUGUUGUGUGCUCUUACUUGUCCAUGUUGCGCUUAACUAUUAACCCUUCUCCUGCCAGUAUGGGAGCCACCUAUUCACUGUCUUUUUACAGAAGUUUUGGUUUGUUUGUCAUCUCUUGCAUCCUAUGAAUAUAGUCAAAGACUGUUGACCUCUUGUUUGGUUAAGCAAAGAAACUUCAAGCUUCAGACAGAGGCUAAAAUAAUGGUAUUUAAAACACAAGGCUUUUUAUUGAAUCUGAAAAUCAUGUAAAGCUAUUAAAGAGGUAUCAGAAAAGAAGUACAGAGUCUGAAAAACAUUUGAAACUGGAAUCAUCAUUUAGUCCACUCAGUAUUAUUAUGUUGAGCAUAUGAAAUCAAAACAUGUCUCUCUUCAGGAUAUUACCUCCUCUAUUAAGCACUGUGAUUUUCUCAUUCCCAUAAACUUUAUUAAAAAAAGGUGAAUCAUCAUUUGCGUCAGUCUAAUGUUCUGCAGUUGCAUUAUUAUCCAUUUCACCUGUACAGAUAGCUGUUUUGUGCUCUGAUACCUAUUGUUUCAGAGGUCCUUUGGUUUAUCCACUGAAUGCUGGACCACAAGGACAAAAAAACAUGAAAACCUUGAAAGUGGUUCUGCAAUUUCAAAGUCCCUGGGUUUGAACUUUCCUCCCAUUGUGAGCGCGAUUAGAGGUUUUUAUUUUUGUUUUGCUGCUACAGUAGACACAGUUAUCAUGUCUUUACAUACCUGUUGUUGUCAGUCAUGUGGUUGUCCUUCUAGUGCUAACUGUUUAACGUCUAGUGCUGGAGAACACUGUGGCUUCUCAAUGCAGAGACCCACAGCAGCUUCCAGGUGAACAAAAUUUAAAAACCGUGAUAAAAUGGUGACAAUAAAAAAUAGAUAAAUAAAUUCUAAUGGGCAGGCUAUUGGUGAGGGCUGCCACCUUUCAGGGAAAUAGGUCACUGAAAGGCAGCAGUUCAAAUCCUGUACAGGGUCUCCAUGCAGACCAGGACUGAAAUGCUGUCUCCAUACUGCAGUCUGAACCCAGUUUUUAAGUGGAGUGAUACAUGGUUCAAAUCCCAGCUUGGGACUUUUCACGUGAGGUAGAUUUGAAAACUUUCCUGUCUCAGCUGUCAGAGCUGUGUUUUAGGGCAAUCAUCAAAAGAGAUGCUUCAUUUUAUUUAUAUGACCGGAUUCAAAUCCAGCCAGAACAUGGAUUUUCUUGUAAACUAUGAAUAAAAUGUUCCCUUCACUUUGAAGUUUGAGUCCACCUUUUAAAAAAGCACAGUGAACCAGUGCAAUUACAAUAUAACAAGACGUUUUUUUGAAUUACAAGACCUUAGAAGGCUAGCUCUAGCAGGCUGGUAUGUGGUUUGGUGGUUAGAGGUGCUGCCUUUGAGAAAAAAUGGUACUGAGCUCAAAUCCUCUGCAGGGAGAGAGCAAUGAUGGGAGGGGUGGAGAGUGGGGUGGUAGCCAGUUUAGCCUGUUUAGAUCAGUGCAGCAGAAUUGAUUUCUAUUGAUAAAAUCAUAGUAUUUUGUAGUUCAAGAAGUGACAUACUCACAGAAAAAUGAUCCAGCAUUUUAGACUGUAAUACAGAGAUUUCUUGAAGUGGUAUCUUUGCUGCAUUGUUUCUAAAUGACCCAUAAAUAAGUAUUUUUGAAAACAGAUUUUUUUUUGUAGUAAUAUCCAUUUAGGAAGUGAUUGUGUUGUACAUUUGAUACUGUGAAAAAAAAAAUCUUCUUUUCUUUUUUUCAUUAUGAAUCUGUCAGUCAAGUCUGUGGGUCCUCUCUUUCCUACCAGUGCUGCAGAACUCAUUGAUCUGUUAGAGAUUAAACACUGGCCUAAAUCAGUUCUGCAGUGCCUGUUGUGCAAGAGAGAAUGAAAACACACACACACACACACACACACACACUCACACACACACGUAAAGUCAAUGGCUGUCAUGUGAUGCAGCGGUUCAGUCAACUGUGGCGUGGGAAGCUUGCAAGGUUGACUGAUGAAAAGAGGACACACAUAUCAAAGUGCAUGAACACACACACACACACACACACAUACAUACAUCUGUGUCACUCUCUUUUUAAACUGAUAACUGCAGAGUUUUUUCUUUCAUUGAUUUUUAGCUUGUUAUCUAGAAAAAGCAGCUGAUACUAAUAGUUUUUCUGCCGAGUAAUUAAAGGGAUAUUCUGGCUUUAAAUUAAGUUAGGAUCAAACACAGAGUAACACUUCCUCAAGAGAUGAAUGUUGCAGACCGCUUGCUUCUCUAGUUGAUCAACUUUGGUAACGACCACAGAUAGCAAUACACAGCGGUCUAUCACUCCAUGGACAAACCUCAACCAAAAAUCCACUCUAUAACCACAAAUAAUGCUUAGAACAACAACUAACUUCAUCAACAGUACAUAUAGGGUCCCAGCCAUAGUACUAGCCAUCAAACAUCUUUUUAGCUUUGCCUGAUUUCUUUAGCAAAGAGACUAAACACAACUCACCUACUCUCCUUCAGCAGCCGCUUGUUUGUGGGGUUGGAGUUCUUCCUUGAGCUGCCAAACUCCGCUGCACUCGGUGAUCGACUCGUCAGGGCUCCCUCACAAACAAGCGGCUUGAGGUUUGCGUGUGGAGACGUAGAUCACUGUAUAUUGCUAUCUGCGGUCAUUAUUAAAGUUGGUAAAACUUGAGAAGCAAGCGGUCAGCAACAUUCAUCUCUCAAGGGGAUGAUGACCUCUGUGUUUUUGUGUGUUUGACCCCAACUUAAUUAACCAGAAUAUUCCUUUAACUGAUUUAUUUGUACUCAAUUCAUUCAAUUCUUUUGUCUUCCAUCUUGAGUCAAGGUUGAAGUCGGAUUUGCUGUAUAUAGAGAUUAAUGCUGCAGUUCUCUGCAUAUCAGUGUUGGGUUCAGCUCUCUGAAUGUGGUAUUUCAUCUAUAGCCAUAUUGUGAAUUUGUCAAUGCUCUGAGGAAUUAUACUGUUAGUAAUUGUUUAAAGUCCUCUGAAGAGUUUGAUGUGAUUUCAAAACAUAUAUAGUGUAGGUGCUUACUUUUUUAUGUAAUCCCCAAAAAAAACAUUUCAUUGCAAGCAACAACACAAAAGUUACAGACAAGCCUUGAGGAGGAUAGAAAAGGUAAGGGGGGGGGGGGGAGGUGUAGAGGUAGACAAGCAGAUGAGUGGCUGGAGGGAAAAACAAGAAUACACGUAAGAUAAUCUUUUAUUCUUCAUUUUUUUGUUAUAUUCCCCACAACAUUACAAUGACAGAUAAAGAACAUCAUAGAUACUCCUGUUAAGAGUGUGGGCCCCAGUGCAUUGCACCAGCUGUACCACCUUUUGUAUUUUGCAUUGGACUGCGCUCCCUCACCACCAGAAUCAAGUCUGACAUUUUCUCACAUCCAGCCUAAUAAUAUUCCAUCCUCCCUGCUUUUUCAUCAGUAUCUUCUUCCUCCUCUCCCUACCAUUAAGUCUUGAGCAAAAAUAUCAAGCUCAAAGAAGAAGAAGAAGAAGAUGAUUACCUUUUAUUACUUUCUGCCAGAAAGCGGGGCUGUUAACCGUUAACCUUUUAGGCAUUUCUAGCAGACGUCAUUUCACUUACCUGAAACUGCCGAGCAGGAAAUGGAUUGCAGGAUGUUUCCUUGUAGUUGUAGAAAGAGAGGCUUCACUUUUCCUGUAACAUACAGUCGUUUACCAUCUGUAUAGUGUUAAUUCUCUGUGCUAAUUACUCUAUUUCUAUAAUGUUGCCUCAAACCCUCAGUUCAUAGCUCAUGUCAACACAGUGGGAGCUAAUUUUCCUGUUUGCAAUUAUGGAAUUACUAGAUACUGUUGCUUGUGUGAAACUACUGGUUAAGCCUGAACAAAGGGCUAGGUGUACAAAAUACAGUUAACAUAUUUCAGCGCUUCCAAGGUUCAGAAACAAGAGUGAGACCUUAGCGUUACGAUGUGUUCGCCCGCUGGUGAAUUUUUUUUUGCCUUUUUUAACGUCGAUUUAUAACUCAAGACUGACAUCCUCACCUUCACGCCAGCUGCUCUUUCUGCACUGUGGCCUCCUAAUGCUAGUCUCAAUUAACCAGAAAUUAGAAAGUGGGUUUUAAAUGUCUGCCCUGUUGUGUGUGAAAGAUAGUUAGAGAUGCCAAGACCUGCCUUACAUUGCUUCUGAUUGGUUUAUAUUGCGUGGUGCCUUCCGUGGUUGGUUAGAUUUAGGCACAAAGGACUGAUGGACUGGUCUGGGAUUAGUUAUCUCAGUACAGUCAAUCAGAGUUACUCGAACUACAGCAAGCCAUGUUUAUUAUCAUAAUAAACAUAAUUACAGAGUAUUGAAUGGGGAAAAAUAAGUGUGAGAAAUGUCAAGAGUGGCGUGCGGUGUGAGAAUGGGUCAAAUUGAGUGACUGUCACACUCAAAGCAUGAAGCUUGGCAGCUCUGAAAUUUAGUAAUAUGAUACUGCAAGUAUCUCCAGCUGCAUGUAAAUUUCCUGAAUCAAAAUAAUGUCAGAAAUAAAAGAAAUUGGUCAAACAGAGGAGAUAUUUUAAGUCUACAGACUCAACAAAAUCAUCUCUAUUUGAUUUUUUCUGGACAUCCUGUGAUCUUCAACCCCAGAAGCCAAACCUCACGCAGCUCUGAACAAUGAGAACAUUAGACAAAAUAUCCUCACUUCUGAAGUCGAACAUACAAACACUCACGACUGAAACCACAUCAAGCUGAUAAUUUGAAUUUUCUACACAGUUUGGCUUUGUCUGAUCAUGUUAAAAUCAUCAGCUGUGUGUGUGCUCACAUGGGAUGUGAGUGUGUGUGUGUGUGUGUUUGUGUGUGUUUGAGUGUUUGUGCUCUGUCUUUGUGAGGACCACUUGACUCCAGACCUCAUAACCCCAGUGUGUCGUUGUGUAGAUGUUAACUUGCGAGCAGCCGGUGGGGGCAACUGUGCUAAUGUUACUCAGCUAACCAGUUGGAUAUUGAAUAACCACAGACUCUAUGAUCCCAUGUAGAGCUGAGCAGCAUAUCAUUUGAAUACUGCAGAAUACGCAGUCAUAUAACCUGACACACAUCAUGCUCAGCACGUCUUCAUGCAGGUGUCAGAGCUGAGUGCUGAACACUGUGUGAUAGAAGAGAAGGGGGUUUGAUCCAGAAGUGUUAAUUGACUUAAAGACACAAAUUAUAAAUAGUAUUAGUGUUUUAUUGAAAUUUUUCAUUUCAUACUUGUGUUGGAUAAAGACCAUUAUUUUUUCAAAUUGCAGUAAGGAUCUAAACCUCUCCCCUGGAAAGCAGUUAGUUAGUUGUAAUUUAAACCCCCAUUGAACUGAUUGGGGUUAUAGCCACUUCAGAACAUCCCUAAUCUUCAGUGCUACUGGAGAUGCCAACAGAUUAACAGCAAACACAAUGUUUGCAGGAUUUCUACAACUAGGAUAAAGUGAUAGUCCAGGAUCUGAGCUAAACAGUUUAGCUGCUCUACAACACACAGCAGGUCCCGUUUGACAAGAAACACUUCUGUUACAGACACUUGGCUAACUUUGUCAAAGCGGUUUACCUGUUCAGCAUAAAUGUUACAGGGUCCGUAAGAUUCUGAAGCGUCCUCCAAAUGCUGCAUUGAUGGUGACCUGGCUUUUUAGUUCUUGACCAGGUGUUCUACCUCCUUUUUAAGCACCCGUUAUUUCGCCAGAGUAUUUACUUGGUUUUCUUGCUUGUGUUGGCAGUCAUGGCCAAAGGAGGAUUCUAACAAAAUUCUGUACUUUCUGGUUAGUUUCUGCUGUCCGAUAUUGUAGCACGCUAACUUUGUUUGGGCUCGUGAACGUCAUUCAAGGAUGUGGACCGUGCUUCACAAUAUGGGGGAGCAGCGUCUGCCUCACAACCAAUCAGAUUGGGGGAGGCGGAGAAUUGCUUUGUUUGCAGUCAGAAAGACCGGGCCUCUCAAGAAAUUUAAAAUGUUGACUACACAGACAUAACAGAACACAGCAAUAUCGUGGUGUUCUCAAAUGUCAUCAAUAACCAAUAGCUAUUGACUGAUAUUAAAAGCUUUACUGUAUAUACUCCACAAAAAAGAUGCUUCUUCAACAGAGUCAUGCCUACCCCACCUUUUAAUGUUAAUGUACCUCUAAAGGCUCCUGUUUAUCUGUGGAUCCUUUGCUAAUAACUUGGGAAGUAUAAAUGGAUUUGGAGUCGAGAGAAAAGAUAAGUGAACACCAUUACUGCAUCAAAUGACUCUAAAUGCAAACCAUCACACUUUCAGAGCCAACAUUUUGCACACAGAUUCUGCUGUGACAGACGUAUUAUUGAUAGAGACUUGUUGGCUUUAAGAGCUUUAGGCUUUAUUGCAAAUUACAAGCACAAUUUCACAGAUAGAGAGAAGGAACAGUUGUGACAGGAGCUGUUUGCUUCAUUUAAUAGAAAUACAUUCACACUCUUUCCUCUCCCCUGACCUCUCAUCUCUCUCCUCCCCCUCCCGGUGUCUUCCUGAUGGCUGAUGGGAAACUGAAUUGACACAUGGUGCUGAUUUUUUUUUUCACGCCAUCCCGUGAUUUCUCCCAUUAUGUUCUUGUCGCCUGAAUCCUUUAAGAUCUGACCCAAGUCACUGCAGGGCUGCUCAACAUAAUAGUAACAGAAGUCACUGACAACACAAACCAUCAGUGAUAUAAAACGUGACAAGACAUGACACAAAUCAACACCAAUGCAAACCGUUAAGGACACAAACCAGCAGCGACAUUUAUAAAAACAUCACGAGGGAGAUGCUGGUGGCACACUCUGCUGACCUGUGCUGUUUUGCACGUGAAAAAUAUUUGUCUAAGUUUUUUAUUGUGCUCAUCCAACAUCCUCCUUCAACAGAGAAAACAGCAAGGUAACUUAGUUAUUAGAUGUACAUAUUUUAUGUGUACUUUUGGCUUCAAUUUAUGUUUUCAUUUUUGUCUCAUUUAUCUGGAUUUUGCUCCGAUUGAUGCCAUCAGGGCUGCAUCUAAAACUGUUAUAAACACCACAAGUAUAAAUCAGAGCAACAAAUCUGUUUAAGGUAAUAAAAAGGAGUGAUAAUAGUCAGAUAUAACAUGCACAAAUGGUGGAAAAACCUCACUUUUUACAUUGACUCUCAACAUUUUCCUGUUUCCUCUCAGUCCUUCCUGCAUUCAGCAAACGCAGCUGUGUUGAUUUUUGUCUGGAUUCUGUGUUUAACUUUGAGGCAGUUUUCUCAGAGUUUGUAAAAUAUGAUGAUCUCCAGAGAACAGACUUGUUUACAUGAAGACACUCGGAGUUGAUUUAUCAGGUAUAUUGACGUCACUUACUGUAGGCCUUCACUUUUUUGCUGAUCAGCACCUCUCCUUGCAACAGCAGCACUUACUUGGUACUCUUCACAUGUUACCAAACUGAUCAAUCAGAUGCUGAGAUAGCUCGGCUCAAGAUGAAUUUAUUCAAAAUCAGACACAUGGAUUUGGCAUAUUUUGAUCUCUGUAAUAGGAUGCUGGAGAAAAAAUAUCCUUACUCUGGUAUAAACAAAUCACUUUUGCAAUAUUGUAUUUUAAAUAGUUGUAAAGGUUUAAAACAUAUUUUUUAUAUUAAACUGAAGUAGAUGAACUUGCAACAAACAGAACCAAUAUCUGAAAAGAUUAAAUCGCUGCAACAGUAACACAAACAACGUAAUGAUCCAAUCAUGAGUUAGAUAAAACCAAUCAAUCCACAAGGUCAGAUAAACCAAUAGCUACUGUGUUGCUCAUAAACACUUUUUGGUGUAAAAAGAGGUAUUAGUCAUCAUAUUGUGGUGAAACAAUUUUAGUUAAUGUAGCUGCAGUGUGGGCAAGGACACAGUUUAUUUGAUGUACCUGUGCAACCACAGUGGAUUGCCAGUGUUUGAGUAUCAGACUCUUGUCUUUUUUUUUUUUUUUUUUUUUUUUUUUUUUUGUAGCUGUAAGAAGCUGAAAACUAAAUGUUGAUUUUUAUUGUAUUAUUAUUUCAAGAAAGAGCACCAAACAAUCUCUUUAUUGAAUAUGAAAAAAAUAUGAUAUUCUUUUUAUGUGUUUGAAAGUUAUUCUGAUCUUAAUCUGUCCUGCUGAGGUUUAAAUGGCAAACAGCAGGCAGAAAGUGAAAUCCCUCUGAGGGAUGUUUUUUUAUUUAGUCUCUUAGAAUGAAAUCGAUUUAAUCUGACUCAUCUCUUAAUGAGCAUUGCGUGUUUUUCUUUUCUAUUGUUUUGUUGUCUUUAUUUCAAGCUAUUCGAACGUCCUCUGCUCCACCAGUUUCCCUCUGGACUAACUCACCUGUUCUCCUGCUGCCUGAAAAGAGUCUAUGAUACAUUUUUUUUAAAUUGAAUUUUCUUAUUUUAUCUCAACCAGAUGAAUUUUAAAAUUUUUCUGUCAUUUUGUGGCCACGGUCAGGGUGGUCCCACUUACUGUCGACGUGCUAACCCUCCUGUAUGUUUUGCUUGGUGAGUUAAAAGUCUGGGGUGGCCUGGACUUCAACCGCACAUUUCAGAUCAUUUAACAUUAAUUUAGCUUCUGGUGUUGUCUAGAUGUCACUGUUUUACAGUAUUGAAGAUUUAUCAGUGAGUGUGUGCAGUCAUUCAUUGACUCUCUGAUCUUGCUCCUUUUUUUUCUUCAUGAUAAUCUUUAAGUCACACAGCAGUGAAUAAAUAUUUGAUCCUGUUUCAAACCUCCAAUAAUGCUCCUCUGUCCAAAUUCCAGGCCUCCAGCUUCAGCUUCGACAAACACAGUCUCAGUUUAAAGUGGUUAGAUGACUUCAUCAUUGGGGGGGCUGUAAUGAGAAAAGUGACUCAAAGCAGAGAUGAAAAAUGAUUAUAUUCAGCAGUGGAAACUUUAAUUACAUCCAGAGCGACUUAAACACGUCUGUAAUUACAACGUGAGAACCAUAAUGUGGGUCAGCUGCAUAGAGAAAAGGUACACAGUGUAAUUGUGUUACAUAAUGUAAGUAGAAAUGGAUUCCUGCCUGCUGUGAGCAAUCACUGAUCCAGUUUAGAUCCAGUUCAGGGAAGAUUUGCUAUUUCUGCUCCAAACAUGUGUGCUAAACCAUGCUGUCUUCAUGGCAAGGAGAAGAAACAGGAAAAUGUCUGCUGUGGCUCAAUGGAGCCGAACAUCAUCCAGAGGUAGUUAAACUCAUUAUGACAAGACAAGAGGUGAUUUACGAUUUUACAUUUUAACAUUGUGUAGAUUAAUGUAAACCAAGUUAUGGCCAGAAUUCAACAGGCUGAUUAUUUUUUUUCUUAAUUACUAGUUCUCUUGGAUUUCAACUUAAGCUGUGUAAACUCAAUUUAAAAUGUUUUUCUAUAUGAGCUAACCGCUCUGACUUUUUAUACCACUCGAGUCAGGAAAUAGAAGAGUAAGAGAACCAAGCGGGCAGCUCACCAACUCAGGCUGGUGUGACUUUGUAUCAAACAAACCAAAGAAAUGAGUCAUUUGUGGUUCUUUAAAGGUCUUAAAUGGAAAUGUUAUGCUGCCUGUGCCAUCUUGACACAGAUACAGAACAUUUGAUUUGAUUCACAGAUGACAAAACUAUCUAAGUGUUUGGAAAGUUCUCCAUUUGGUUCACCAUUUUCCUUCUUCAGGUUUAGGCUGUGAUAGUGAGUCUUACGCACUCUAAACUGAAACCCCACACUUGGCACACACACACAGCCUGCAUUAGUGCAGAGUGGGAUUAAUGGUUUUGGUUGAAGAGUAGAGAGAAUAACUUCUGAGGUUGAAGAGUUGCAUAAUCGCCAUCUCCUGUAUGGUUGCGCUUAAACCAUGAGUUUAAAACUUGCCUGAUGAGAAUUCAUUAAACAAUAGAAAUGCUGUUGUUGACACAAGAGUUUUCACAGCCUGCAUAAAUAACCUGUCAUUAUCUAUACCGUGCCAUGGGUUGACAUCUCUGCUAUAGCUGCUCAAUUCACCUCCCUUGAAUUUUCUGUGUGUGUGUGUGAUGUCUGCUUUGUUGUUUUAAUUGUAACACAAACUCAGUCUGAGUGAAGGUAAAACUAUGAAAACGUUUCUUUCAGUGUGGAUCAAAAUGAAAACAAUAAGGUAAGAAGAACUUUAUUGAUCCUCAAAAGGGAAAGUCAAUGAGAGAGGUAGGUAAGCAAGAAUUGAGCUGCAAUGAUGUUAUCUGUAGUUUGUCAAUGACAUUUCAGAAGAGGGUUAUUUCCGGUGAUCAAAAACCUGACACAUGAAUCUCAUCUCCUGCUUGUGUCAUUCACAGCAUGUGGAGACAUAGUUUAUACAUAUCCAUUUUAAUGUAAAGCAAAGAUGUAGCAUGUUCAUUUUAGAGAGAAUGAGCAGAUAUAAAGCCAUCCAUCUGUCUAUUUUUCAUGCUCUGUUAGUUGCUGCAUGAACGGCGUGUUCUGAUCUGUACCCAUGCAUAUGAUGUUACACAUACUCUACUGUAUAUCUCCACAUCCUUUAUAUAGUAUUUCAUCUUCUGUUGGAAGUUUUCUUAAAAAAAAUACACUCACCAAAUUUAUAGUUUGAACUAUGUUUUCAGAGCCAUCAUAACUGUAUUUUUUUAACCAGCUAAUUAGGGAUGGGGAAUAAAUUAUCGUUCACGUUAUAUCAUCAGAAAAAUCCUCCAUGAUAAAUAUUUGCCAUCUCAUGAAAAAUAAAAUAAGUGCAAGUUGAUGACGUAAGCAAGAGCGACAGACUCGCAGUCAAUUGAUCACACAGAUCAGAAUAACAAACAAACAUGGCUGAAUGUAAUGAAGAAGACGUUUCUGAGCAGCUGGUUACUGAAUGAGGCUCCACAUGAGGGAUUUCCUUCAAGACUGGGGCUUAGAUAAGUACAAUCAGGUAUGCGUGACAUCGGACGGUGGAUCUGCUGCUGUUCACUCUGCGCAAUAAGAGUUUUAAAACAAAUGUUGAAAAUGUUUUCACAUUUGAGACUUGUUUGAUGUCAUUAGCUUUCUCCAUAACCUACCACUCAAACUUUUGGUUAAGUAUCUUACUUAAAUAUUCCAGCUGGUGUUCUCAAGACAAAAUAAGUCAAAAAUAUAGAUCAGAAUUGUAGUAUUUUUUUAUCAGGACUAUUGUUGUUAUCGCCAGAAUGACAAUCAUAUCACUUAUUGUGAUAAUAUUUUUAACCCCUAUCUCCCAUCCCUACAGCUAAUAUACAAUCACUGCUAACUGAAAAAAUUAAAUAUUUGGAAAUUGACAUGCUACACAGCUUUUUCUUUCCAAUGAGCACAAGGUGAGCAAUCUGAAAAAUCCGAGUGAGGCAUCUUGUUUUAUUUCAGACCGUGUUUCCUCUGCUUUUUAUUUUCCUGGGACAAUCGUUUUGUUUUUUGAGUGAGUGUCUCAUCAGACGUCCACCCUGCAGUAAACAAGAAGACGUCUUUGUUUGUGUUGAGAAGUGACGGUUCAGAGCAGAAAGGUUUAACAUUUUUUAAAUGUAGUUCACUUUUUUUUCUGGUGCCUGUGAAUAAGUCCUGACAAUGUCACAUUUUCCAUGAUCAGUACAUAGUUUACGCACACAAAUGGACUCCCCGCAUCAGGUUUUUACAUCCUGACACUCGAUUUGUCAUCACAUGGGGGUGUUAAAAUUGAUGAAAAUGAGCGUAAUGAGAAAAAAGACCUUUCAGUGGAGUCAGAGAGAUAAUUUCCUUGAGAAGCAGAGCAACUUCCACUCCUCGUUAAUCUGUAAUUAGCUCCAGUUAACAUCCAAAGACCUGCAGACAAUUACAUGACAGCUAAGACUGUGUAGACCCAUUUUAUUAACCCUGCAGACAUUUAAAUUAACUCCAGCAGCUCAGUCCCAUUUGAUUCUUUUUUCAUGUUUUGCUGUAUAAAGAAGCCAAUUAAUUUCAUACUAUGUGAAGGGCAAGCUUUCGAAACCUCAACCCUUAAGACUCGGUCGAAUGACAAACAAAAGUCAGGAAAAAGAAAAUCUUAUGACAAGCUGUCAAGCUGGGCUACGUAAGAGCAGCAAAUUGGCUACAAAAAUUCCCAAAAUGUCAAUACAGUAAUACGAGAGUUUAACUCACUUAGGAAAGCUGGAGCUGAGACUUACUGGAUGACCAUUUGAUGCCUUAAACUACUAUAUACUGUACAGAGAGACACAUAGUUUAACCAGGUUCCAAGUUUUUGAUGAAAAAAUCCCACAUUUGCCAGUAAUGUUCACCUGUAAUCAAAUGAACCCCACCCUACAAAUGUGAUUGUUCUGUUGCAAAAAUCAACUUUUUAAUAUGGACUCUUAUGUGGAUUGUUGGCUUUUGGAGCUAGCCUCAAGUGGACACUCAAGGAACUGCAGCCUUUUGUGCCGCAGCAGGGACUUCACUUUAUGACACAGGAGGAGGCUGGCUCUUGGUCUGCAGGAACUGUUCAGCAGAGUCUGUACAAUUUCUGCAGUUUUUCCAACAGCUCAACAGGACUGGGAUGUUUCAAGCCUCUAAGUGAGUAAAUGAAAGCAAAACUGUAGGCUUGAGGUAGGCGUAUCACAUUAUGGCCUGUAAGACUUCUUUGGCUCUGAGGUCAUAUGGUUGUUUAUCUCAUACGCCUGUCAGAUCAUCCUAUAGGACCCACUUGAUGGACCGUGAACCCUUUUAUCCCACUUCAUCCAUCAGCAUCUUUUGGCUUCCAAGUUCUCUCCACCGCACAACUAACCUUGGAUGAAAUACCAGCUGCGUCAUUGUCUCUUUUGAGUUCUUAUCAUUACAAGACAGAAAACACCUUAACAGGUCAGCAGGGUUGUAUUCACUCUGAAAACUCUGAUAAAUGUGGAUUUUAACGUCUUUAUCUCUGUAAAUCUCAGAGAGAAAUAGUUCACCUUUACCUUUAACACUUUGUUUGACUACUACAGUGACUUUUUCUCACUAAAUUUAUGAAGAGUUUAUAUAACAUGAUAUUUUUUGGCAACGUGUAGUUUCUACAAAAACUGCUUUUUUCAUGCAAAAUUGUGUUUCAAGCUUCUUAAAAAAUGCUCCACUUUUCCUUUGUGUUUAAACUGAUUCUGUAUAAAAUGAUGCACAUCUAUCAACUGAUCUGUAAGUAUAGUAGUGUUUUUUAAAUAAUGAUUAUUUUCAAUUACAACCUCUUUGUUUUGCAACCAGUGAGGGCAAUAAUCAAUUUAAUUCAUUCACCGAAACAAUGAGGACGCCACAAAGACAGCAAUGAUGACAACAAACAGUCACAAGUCUGUGCAGAGCUAACUAGGAAGUUAAACUAUAUGUCAAACGUCAUACGUCAGAUCAACACAAUAAUCUUUGAUUGUUAAGUGCUGAAUGUGGACGUUAAAUGUCUAUUACGAGUGAGAGCGGUGUAACGUCACAGCCCCACCUGCCAGACUGCUUCAUUUUUACACAACAGAGUGAGAUGAAGUCCAUAUAUCCAUAUAUACAGCCAAUGACUCAGGCAUGAAAAGCAGCAGUGUUCAAUAAAGUCGAUAUAAAAUACUCAUGACCAUGUUCUUGAUGAAAAUAGAGUUAAAGUCAAAAUCUUAAAGCUCGAUAUUUCUUCCUGUUUGUUCAGAUAAAACUGAAAGAAAUAGCUGUGAACAGAGAUUAAAAUGUUUCUAAGGAAGAGUUCAGGCUUCUUCCUCACCUCCUCACGGCUGACAGAAGUCUGAGAGAAGUCGUUCUUCAUAGCUGCCUUCACUCCCUGUGAGGAAAGGUGUGUAAGGGGGGAUUAUGUGUUUGCUAUCUGCAGGCAAAUAUGGACUGUUAUCUGCUUUGUGUCGUCAUCAUUCACCCAUCAUUUCACUUUUAUCAUCAAACUGCUCAAAUUAAGCAUCCUAAGGCGUGUUGUACAGAACAUAAAACUGUUAGAGGGUAAAAGGCCACGGUGCUAAUAGCUCCUAAGAAAUGAAAAAAGGACAUUUUGUACUUUCAAGGACCCAAAUAAGGUGUUGGACUAAAGCCAAAGAAAUAAUGUCAACACCUUAAAACAAUCGUGAAAAUACAUUAUUCUAUGAUAUUACUAAGCUUCUUUUCUCACGAUAACUUCAAGUAAGAAGAUAUGUUGUUUAAAAUGAGAUAAAGCUGCUGCAAUGUAAUUAAUCAUAACCAAAUAUACACAAGAACUGUACAGCUGAUUAAGUUGAACAUUAUGUAUUUUCUCUCUGCGCUGUCUCAACAGAAUAGACCCAAAAGUUACGAGGUUCUAUUUUGUUGUAUUUCUGUAAUGAGAUCAUUACUGCCUUGACUGUGGGGGAGGAUUCGCAUUGGAAACUGAAGGUAGUCUUAUGUGGUUGAUCAAUCAAAGGUGCUCCUUGAUCCAGGGAUUAAGCUUUAAUUAGUCGCUAAAAAUGUUCUCUAUGCAUGCUGACAUAACAGCUCUCACCUGAAUAUUGUUUCUCUGAGACAGCCUAUUAAGUAUCUCAUUAUCUCAGGUUCAAAACAGCUUGUUUUCUUAAGAUAAUUGUGUCAGUUAUGUUACGUGUGGUAACUGAGAACAGAAGAAAUGCUUCAACUCCACUCCGGUAAGACUGCGGAGGCUUGAGGGAGCGGACAGACUGUUUUAAUGACCACACGGGUCUUCUUCCAGUCAAAAGCAGCGGUGGUGGGCGAAGCUGAAACUCUGAAUCCUUUGUGACAGGCCACGCUCCUCCCGACAUGCCACAGUUAAUUUGCAGAGAGAUUUGCGACCUAGCAGCAAAACAUGAAGUAAAAGCCGGGGCUGCCGACGAGACGGAAAACAUUUUCAUAAUGAAGCCUUCAUCCAAAACAGACAACAGACCAUAGGAGCAUGCGAACACUUGUUUUUAUCUCCAGCAAAUUUGGUCCUACACUGCGCAUUUGCUACAUGGCUAGUCACAGAUUUAAAUAAUAGGCCUACAGCUCAGUCUUUUCCCUCCUCUUGAACAGGGUGCUAGAAUAAAUUUGGAUUUACUAAUGGGGUGAAGAGGAAGAAGAAGAGGCUGGAAUAUGUCCAUGUCCAGAGCAAAGGAGGGCAGGUUCGGAUACAAAGCUGUUGUUCUCUGUAGAAGUGAUGAAGCUUGUGAGGUGCAGCUUCCCUAAUGUCUAUGAGGAUUGAUGUAACAAGGAAACACCAACCAGUGGAUGAGUAGCAUGGCAAAAGCGACUGAUAACUACUGCUGUAAUGGACUCACUGGGUUAAAUCUCAAACACUUGGAUUAGACUCAUGGUAAGGGUGCCACAAAUUGUGCAUCUGGGUUUCAAGACUUUAUAGCAAAUGCAAACAAGUGAAGUGCGACAUUUUGAUAUGUGAAAGGAGAGGACAAGGCAGGCUCAAACUAUUCAUAAUAACAAGUCGAGGCUGCUCUGGCAAAAGUCAGUGAGAUGCUGCAGUAGGUUUACAGCAAGCUUAUGUGACUCAACCUGUAGGUCAAGGAUUUAGGUUAAUAACAUUUCAGAUUAAAGAAGUGAGGUGAAGGGAUAUUCGGUGUCAUGGCAGCAAAAUCUAAGAGUGUGUAUAUCCCCAUAGACUGAGGCAAAGUGAGCAUUUACACACUCUACUGUAACGUCAUUGAUCAUUUAAAUCUCCAGACCUUAGACAGGAUCAGUCUUAAUCUAACAUCAAUAAAUGAAAUGCGUCUUAUGCCCAAUAGAUCGAUCACAGUUUUCCAGGUUCAUGCAGUGAGUAGUUUGGAGUGAUUCAGUUGUCCUCCGAUUUAUCAUUCAUUUAUUAUUCAGUGAGAACUGGUCUUGCUCUCAGACUCGGGUAAUAGGCACUGGACUCGGUCAUGACUCAGAAUUGUCUUGAGUGGGUUACACACUGCAAGAUCAUCAUGCUGACUUUAGGCUCCCUGACUUGAAGUUGUAAAUAUUUAAGAUGAUCAAUACUUACAGUACGAUCAGAAACCUCUAUGUGUGGAGCUGCAUAGUGUCUUGUGGAAAAACAGGAUAAUCUGGCAAGAUUGCCAAUCAGGAAGAAUAAAGACUUUUGAACAACAUUUUGCAUGAUCCGAUGUAAUUUUAGUGGAAUGAUUUUCAAGAAUGAGGACAAGGAUGUGAGAUUGCUUUGGAGUUAAAGUUUCCAUCUCUUGGUCCAGUUGUUUUACUGCUCAGCUAUGAAUCUUGCAUUAAUCCAACUCAAAGAGGAUGUGUUGGAUCUUUUGUACUCCUGACAUUUUCUAAUGCUAGAGGUGAACUUUGAGCAAAAACCAGGGCUGAAGAGGUUAAAAUAACUACAAACGCUCCCUGCAGAUUCUCUCUGACACACAACUCCUUGUACAUCGUACAUAACCAAAACCUAUCACUGUGAUAAAUUUCCCCUGAAUCAUUGUGAUGUGUGGCUCGCAUUUGUUAUUAAAAAUGACAUUGCUGCUGAAUCACAGUGUGCGGCUGCAGUCAGCUGGACACAUGUCCUUGAGCUGUUGUUAUUAUUUUGUGGCCUGCUGCCUCACCUCACUGAUCGCAACCCUGUCACAGUGUGUAAGACUCCAUCACUGUCAGCGUGUCCCUCAUAGAUUACUUUUUCUACCUGCUGACUGUUGUUUGGAGCUCAGAGCGCUAACAACUUAACGCACACUGAAAACUGAACAGAUUGCAUGUGACCUCUGUCUUGCAGGAGAUGUGCAGCAUCAUUGUUAUACAAGAAUGCUCGCUACAAAUCCACUCAGCGACUGGGUUUUGAUUGACUGGAUGGUGUGUAGUAAAUAUUAGCAUGGCGCCAGUUAAAUCACACCUCUGACUGUACUUAGAGAUAGCUAAUGCAUGUCCAUAACCUCCCGUUAAAAAGUAAAGCCAAAGAUAGAGUCUGCCUAAAUGGAAAGCUUGACAGGGAAACCACUUACAUGUAGCUCUGGCCUUUAUUGGUCUUGUACUGGGGCUGGUGUGACUCAAUGGCAGCUAGCCAUCUUUGAGUCACAGGGCUGGCAGUUUGAUCCCAGCUUCCGCACUCACAUGUUGAAGCGUAAAUGAGUAUGAAUGGAGAAAAGCUCGUACUGAUGGUUUCCUAUAUUAGCGUCCUCUGCCAUCAGUGUGUGUAUGUGACAAGUGGUGCGAGUGCUUUGAGUGGUCAUAGAAACUAGAAAAGCACUAUAUAAGUCCAUUUACCAUUUUCUGGUCUGUUUUGAGAGAAGACUCAGAGCACAACCUUUCCACUGGAUCUUUGAGGCAUAACCAACAGUUUACCGAGCAAUCAAAUUACUUAUACAAGAACCUGAAUAAAGAUCUGUAUUCCUUUCUUUUUAUCACCGGCUGUAUAACCUUCUUAAAAAUCUAGUGCGCAUUAACACAGGGGAAUUACACCAUAAAUAAUGAAAAGAAGGGUAAUAAAAACACGGCAAGAAGGGGGAUAGAAACAUAAUAGGUUAGUCUUAUCCAACAGGUCUACUUUUUCUCAUGAAUGUUUCUCUUUGAUUUAAAUCUCUGUUUAUAUUAUUAUAUCAUUACCAUUAUAACACAUGGAUAAGCAACUGUAGUUAUCAGAUUUCACUCUAAAAUAGAGUUUUUCUGAUUCUGUAUGGGCUGUCAUUAUUCGGGGACCCUCUUUGUAGGAAAUCUAUGAGAGAGAACAGCCUAUAUGCUCUCUUAUGGGUGCAAUGUGAGUCUGUGAUUAUAAGAAAACAAGGAAAAAAUACUUCAGAUUUACUUUCCUGAUAGUUUAAUUCAAACAUAAUCUACUUUUCAGAUGUCCAUGUGAAAAUAUUCGUAACACUUAAUUUGACGCCUAUCUUUAUAACGCAUCAUAAAUACAUGUAUAAUGUGUUAUAAUCAGGUUAUAGCACUGUAUAACUAUAAUUAUAAACACUCAUAAAUGAUCAUUAUGCUUUUAUAGCAACAAUCAUAACACGUUAUAAUGCAUUUUCAUGACUUACAAGGUCAGGUAUUGUGUUACGCUUUUAUUAUAAAGCCUUAUGAUAGUUAAUGAGUGUUAAUAAUGUGUUUAUAAUAGUUAUACAAGUUUAUAAGCAAAUUAUAACACAUCAUACAUAUAUGUAUAAUGCAUUAUCUGUGUGGGCAUUGUCUGUGAGUUGUUAACAGUUAUAACACACUAUAAUACCUGACCUUGUAAGUCCUGAUAAAAUGCUUUAUAAUGUGUUAUGAUUGUUGUCGUAAAGCAUGAUGAUCAUUUAUGAGUGUUUAUGACUAUAGUUAUACAGUGCUAUAACAUGAUUUUAAUGCAUUAUACGUAUCUUUAAAAUGCGUUAUAUAGAUAGGCGUCAAAUAAAGUGUUACCAAACUACAUUAUGAAACCGAAGUGUUGGUGAACCUCUGCUUUAUGAUAUACUGUGCAGGCUUGGCACAUUUAAAGGGGGAGUCUAAAGGCCACUCAUAGAUUUGUAAGUGUUUCAUUAAAACUCCAGUUAUCUGUUUAACUAUUAUGUAUCUCUGAUUAACUGCAUACCUUUUGUUUCUGCUGCCACAGGAGUAAUUUAUGCAUAAUUUAUGCAUAAUUUAUGCAUAAUUUAUGCAUAAUUUAUGCCGUUAACGUGGCAACAGGGAGUCAGGAUAGAGAGAUAUGAGGCAGGACAGAGACAGCGCUCAGGGCACAUUAAUUAGAAACAGUGAUGUGUAGUCCUGUGGAGAUAUUAGUCUUUCAGAAAGAAUUAGACCAGUGAUUAGGGAGGUCUGAUGAUGUGAAGGUUUAUCAUUUUGUGGAAUAAAAAUGUCAUCCAUGAGAAGGUCAUUUUAAUCUUCUUCUUUUGUGUCACUUCAGCAUAUGUCUUAUAACAGUGAUCAGUCCCAAUCGGCAGCAGGUUUAGAGUUAGAAAUAUCAAACUGCAGCUCUAAAAAAAUGACUUAAAAUAAGUUAUUACCAAGAGAUUUUUUUUGUCCAACACUUUGAUGAUGUGACUGUCGUGAGUGGUGCCAUCUCCAGGGGGAAUUAUUGGGCUUAUGUUAUGUUAUGUUUGCAAUAAAAACAAUAAAACUGUACAUUGAUGUAGGAAAGUAAUCCAUCAGGAAUGUGUUGUUGUUACUAACCUGCAGCAGCAACACAAUUACAUGUCACUUUCUGUUUUGUCCUCCAGGUGGCGAUGGCGCCAGAGGCCCCUAAUCCUUUCCCAACGGUUGAUGUGCCUGACCAUGCCCACUACACCAUUGGCUCAGUUAUUCUCGCCAUCGGCAUCACAGGCGUGGUCGGCAACUUCCUGGUCAUAUACGCCUUCUGCAAGUAAGAAAAACUGCUAUGCCCAUAUUUGGUCAUAUAGUUCCUGUGAAUCAGAAAUAGCUCUCAGAAGAUCAUUUAAAGUCAUAAACUGCUACUUAUUGAGUGAACCGAAACACUUUUGGUGUACCAAAAAUCUCACACUCAGUUUUCAGUUCAUGAUUAUUUGACUGGCGUUUGAUUUGGUGUUGAAAAAAAGACACAUUUACAAACUCCUAGAUCUAUAAUUUAAGUUGCACUAGCUUAAUAGACAGUUAGUUCAGGGUUCCCUCAUAGGAAAAGUUCCAAGUUAACCUCUUGUGUAAAAAUUACCACAAAGUUCAGCAAAGCCCACCAAGUGUAGCCUCUGUGCAAGUGUAUAUCUCUUUCUAGUAACUAGGAUAACAUAAAUGUGAUGGGCCCUGGUGCAGAUCUUUUUUGGGCCCCCUUCCUUUUGCCCAAAAUAGAAGCAAACACUCGUGCGGGGAUACAUGCACGAACACGCACAACCGCUUUAAAGAAUUUUAAAGCAAACAAUAUAUGUCACCCUGCAGAGACUCACACUCACAGCACAACUCUCAUCAAAAACAGCCAAAGAUCUGAAGCGUAGACAGCAGCUGUAGCAAGAAAUUUAUCUGCCUUAGACCACCACAGCUGAUUUAUUUCAACUAUAAAACAUCCGUAUUGGUUUUGGACUAGAGUUGCCUUUCACUGUAUGUUGACAAGUGUAAAAACUCAGCCAAAAGAGAAUUGCAGGAGUUAAAUGCCCACACAUCACAGAUGAAGCCUGUUAUCUGAUUAUAUUUGUCUUUUAUCCUCGAUCCAUAAGUUAUCAUGUGACAUGUGGUCAUAAGGUCAUUGGAUGUGCUAAGUAGUAUAUCUCAGUGAUCCUUCAAAGCUUGGAGAAGAAAACGGCCAGAUCUAGUUAGAAAGUGGUAGAAGUGAAAUUGUAAAAACGUAGUCAUGUAACAUUUGAAUAAGCACGGAUAAAAAUAAAAUGAUUGAAGGCUGAUGCUGGCGUUGCACCAGUGAUAGAGAAAACAUGUGUUUUGUUAUAGCUGUUAUUUUGCCAUGGAAUAUUCAUAUUUGCCAUCAGUACAAAAGCAGAGCUUAGGCUACAGACCAACUGCUCCUGUCAUGCCACCUACUUCUGCUGUUUUCAAUUGAGGCGUGAUUUCAAUUGAACCAGCUCCAAAGGGUUAUUUCCUCAACAGUACCCCACCGUUUUCUAUAAAAGCAUUACUAACCCUUACCCAGCGAGGGAGAAAAGCUAUUAAAAAGAAAAGCCGCCAUCCUGCUCCAUGUCGCUUUGUACCCCAGCAUGCUUUGCACAGUGAAAUAGCUUAUUGUAGUUGUAGCAAUAAUUUUCGACAAAAUGAAACAUUUUAUUAUUUUUGGGGUGUUUACAGAUAUGAAUGAUCGAUUAGAGUAAUAAAAGAACUAAAUCUUAUCAGCUCACUGCAGUGACAUUUAUCAAAUCAAUCCACCUGCAAGAUAAAGAUAAACGCAAAAUCCACCUGCAAUUUAAUGAAUGAUUUCUGUCAAGGCUAAGGUAAGGAUUGAUUCCAGGCAAGGAAAAUUAUUAUAAUUAUUGUAAUAGUCUGUUCGCCUGUGUGGAACUCAAUAGAAAUCACAUUGAUACGUCAAUGCACAAGCCUUCAUCAUUUAGAAGUGACAAUGGAGACACGGUCUGAUAAAAAUCUAGUGUGCCAUUUGUACUUGGCAAGAACAAAUGUUGGUUUUUCUGUACAUAUCCAACACCUGUUAAGAGCUCAAUCAAAAGGUUACUGCAGUGGCUGAGCUUUUCUGCUUUUAAACUACAGCUUCACAGUCAGGCUACAAACACAUAGGGAGAGGAUGUAUUGACAUAUCUUAUCUAAGUCAUAUAAAAUGUGUUUGAGGAGCCAGUAAACCUAACUUAGAGGAGCCAUGUCAUGAAUUAAGCUGAAAAUCUGUUGUAUUUUCUGAGCUGUAUUUGGUCCCACAGAGCUGAAUUUCUGUGUUGGUCCAUGUUGUAAACUUUUUGAAAAGGAAAUGACUUUAUUAGAGCUCAGGGACACAAACGGUGACUUUUUUCAUGAAUAACUCUGAAUGUAAACAGAACUUUUGUGUAUUUAUGAGCAUCAUCCAAAGGGCAGGUCUGGCACAGGUCUGCCUGGUUUUGAUUAUACUGUUAAAAAAUGAAACUCCAUCUUUUUUUGAUGCAAAGUAGCAGCACUGAGUAGCAGCACUUGUGAAUACUGACAGUGAGGGACAGAUUGGAUCUACCAGCAUCCCAUCAACCAUAUUAUGUAUAAUAAACCAAUACUAAGAGAACAGCAAUCCGACUGUGUGCACUCCGUUUUUUCCUGUCGCUAAGCUUAUUAAGACCUUAUUUUUAUACUUCUCUGCUUUAAGGAUGUAGACAAGCUUUAGUUUUACAACAUUUGCUUGGUGUAAUAUGUAAAAAUAUUUACAUAUAUUUACAUAAAAAUAUUUAAAAAUUUUUGGUAGAGAAAAAGCAUUGUAAAGCUAAAAGAAUGGUCAACUGAUUAUUGUCUAACUCUUACCCCCAAUAUCCACUGCAUCCAGAACGGCUACAAAAAGGCCGUAUCCGCCAAUCGUAGCUGAUGGUAGCCAUUCAAGUUAGUGUGUCAAUUUCCACCGGCUUCUUUCCGUUCCGCUGCGGAUGGCCGGACUCCGCAGCUGAUCGCAAGAGUUCUGUUUUUCAGGAUGCCGGGGCAUGCCGGAAAAAUUCAGUACAGAUUAAUCUGUGCUGGAAAGGAAGUCGGGCACAGACACAAAAUAAAACAUUCAGCUUCUUUUCAAAACAAAACACUCCAUGUUUCAGGCAGAUCGUAUUUCACUCCAUGCAAGCAGGCAGGCAGGGACAAACAAGUGAAAGGUUUAUAGACAGCAUUUCAUCCCGAUGACACCAUGGAUGAGGAGAUGCUGAUUCUAAAAGUAGAUUUUCUCCUCUGGAAGGACACAAUCUUCUGCUUAUAUGGUUAUACGGAGCAGUUCUGGUUGCGGUGGAAAUUCGGGGUUCGACUGACAGUCAGUCUGCACGAGUUUUUGUUUUUCAGUCUUGGUGUUGAAACCAAAACCAAAAAUAAUACACGAGUGGGACAAACACUGAUUUCACUGUAAAUCUUCUUUAAAGCUGCAGAGUUUUCACACUCAGGUUUGAAUCUCUUAAUGUUUGAAACCGGCAGCACUCAAGACCUGUAUUGAGCUGUGGUUUUAAUCGACGGUUUUAAUCGACCCUGUGCUCCGUCUUUUAUCUUCCAUCACAGUAAACGUCUUCCUCUGAAACACAAAGUGGAACAUUUUCUAACUCCCCUGAAAAAGUGUCAGCACUUAAGUGAGUCCCUCUCGCUGAUCUCUCAUUGAUCAGAGAAUUUAAAGAGCCGGCAUUGACUUUUCAUUACACGCAGACCUGCUCUGAUGGGCCUUCCAUCAAUUAGAUGUUGAAUUUAGGAAGAGUGCACCACAGAGAGAUUUUUUUGCGAUGACUACUCUUCAUCCCCUGAAACGUUUAACCCUUAGGAGUGUUUACACCUGCUGCUAUUGCUGAUAAACUCAAAACAUCAGGACAAAUAGCAGUGGUCAAAGACACUCUGGGCUUAGUGUUUAGGGGCUUCUGUUGCAGUGAGGAGAUUUUCAGUAAUGUGUAUUGGCAGAGCGUCCUCUGUGUGCUGGCUAUCUCUUAAACACCACCAAUAUCUUUUGUAAGUGGGGUUGUUUGGAUAUUAGUCAAUAAGUGCAUUACGGACCACUUUGUUUAAAAAAAAAAAGUAUACAAGAAAACAGCAGUUAGGCCUAACCUUUAAGACCAAACCUUAAUUGUGAUAAAAAAUGCGCAGUCUUUUUAGAGUGUUAAGCUAUAUCCUUUCCUUUAGUUUGGAUGUGACACAGACAUGAGUUUAUCUCCUAUAAAACAAUCUCUCUUACAAAAACUGAUGCUUGAACAGACACACCAGUAAAAAGUGUCCAAUUGAGUGAACAGGGACAUGUCUUCUACCUAGAAAGCCAAUUUGCCAACAUUCCAAACUAUCCCAUAAUCCUUUAUGAUGACUGACAGUCUGUGGUUUAGACUUAAGUUUCAAAGCAUCUUUAUAGGCUCUGAUGAUGGGCCUCUGAGUGCUUAAAGAGGGCUUUUUAUGCAUUUAUGCCUCAUUUAUAGCUUUACAUGAUUUCAAGAUUUAAAAUGAAGUCUUGUUUCUAAUUAUUUAAGCCUCCAUUUAAAAUGCCUUGUUUUAGCUGAUGUCUCUUACUGUCAAAAGUGUGGCAAAAACAUCAAGUUUGUCAGCAUUUUGAAUCAAUGUACAAUAUACAGCUGCUAAAAUCAUUGGCCUCCCCACACCCAACCUUACAGAAUUAAAUAACAGGUUCAUCAUUCGACUGGCAAACACAAUAGUUCAAGACAUCACUCACCCAUUACACCGACACAUCAGUCCACUACCCUCUGGGCGCAGGUACAGAACACUGAAAUUCAGGAGGGCCCGUCUUGGGAAAAGCCUGAUUCCUGCAGCUAUCGCCGCCCUCAACAGCAGGCCCCGCUGACCUAUCUGACCAGCCUGUCACCUCUUGCUGUUGUCACUGUCCCACACUAUCUAUGUCUGUCCUUACUGUUUGUUGAUGUUUGUAAUGUGCAAUGUCGUUGUCUUUCCUAUAACGUACAGUCAGUGAAGAUGAAUUUCCCCAAGGGGACCAAUAAAUCAAAUCUCAUCUCAUAUUCAGGGUUUUUUUUUUAAUUACUUUUAACUCAUCAGAGAGCAUAACACUUUACAUUUGUAGUCACAACACUUUAAGGGCCAUGCUUUGUCUAAUGUACCAUUAAUGUGAUUGGACCUGAUAAAAUCUGAUAAGUGGACGUUCUGACAUACAUUGAUCCAAUGAGCUGUAUGUGUUUUAGCUGUAUGGAUGAAUAUAUUUUGAAUUUCUACUCUUUUGUAGUCAUCUUUAAAUCAAAAUCUUGAUCAGUUUUUCCCUUGCUUUGACUCUAACCUCCUACUCACUGAAAAUGAUAACAGUGAGCAUAGCUUAUGUUAACUUUCCUUUAAACUGGACUUCGCUAAAACUAACCUCCAAAGAAGUGAAGGGAGCAUAGCUACAGCAACACAGUAGUUCAAUAAACUCUGAUUAUUUUUUCAUUUGGCCAGUUUUUUUAAGUCAGUGUUGUUUUAAAGUCUUUUUAUUUGAAUCAAUUCCUCUUUAAAUAACUGCUGUAAAAAUUGAAGUAUUAGUUCUAUGGCUGUAAUCAACCAAAGAAAAUCUUGGUCGACUAAAACCCUGAAAUUUUUGAUAAAAAAAUCAGGGGUUUCGACUCUGACGGCAACCCCUUCUGUGGCAGGGGACGACGAGGCUUGGCGGAGCGCAGCUCGACAGGGUUGAAAAUAUACUAAAAUCAGCACAAGAAGGCAAUUAAACACAAAUAUUAUAUUCAGCAGACUGCCAGACGUUGAUUAACAUGGACGCUCUUCAGUCUUCCUGUCGCCAGCCGGUCUACAGUUGAUUGGGCGAAUCCAAAAUGGUGAAAACAAGGGGGUUUUUCUGAGACAGGCUGUUACCUGUGAAAUGAGGGUGCUCUGAAAACAUCCCCAUUAGCACUGGGUACGUUCCUCCUGAUGAAAUUAACCAAAGACUGUAAAUUGACGCGGAAAAAAAUCCAGUCGACCAAUCAGAAUUUUAGUCAACUCAGCCUGUAUCAACCAGUAAGUUGACCAGUCUAGGACUUUACAGCCCUAAUUAGUUAAUAAUUUUGACCAGAGUCAGGUUAAAUUUCACUGCCUUGCAGUAAGUAAAUAACUUUUUACUCCGACAGUAUUUUGCUCACUUUGCACCACAACCACCAUCAGAGCAGCAAUUCAGGUUAAUAAUUGAAGUUCAUGAUUUUAUACAUUUGCAAAUUACAAACGACAACAAUUUAUGGUCCAUUUAAAGGAAGACACACUCAUUUUCACCCAUCAUUAUGUCAGUGUGGACACCUAAAAUGAUGUUUUGUGUGAUUUGCUGCUCAAUAAAACUCCUUAUAUAUUGUAUACUGGUGCCCUUGGAAACCAUAAUUUCCGCACUAUUCAGCUUCUGCCUGAAAUGUUUCUUUUGGCUGCUUUCUCAAUGAUGCUCUUACUUCCUGUUUUUUUCCCACACAGUUUUAUAGCCAUGAAAUGACCUUAAAGCUGUGCCUUUAAAGAAACAACAUCUGAAGCUAGCUGUUAUUGCCCACUACGCUCCUCAUUUAGCCCUGAUAACAUACAUUAGCUAUUGUUACACAAGCUGCUGCUGUUACGAUGUUAUUCACAGCUUCUUGUGGUUCUGAUCCUUUACGGAUAGCCUUUAUGUUUACAGAUGAAACAGCUCCAGGUUUCAGCAACUUGUGCUGACCUUUGUUUACAAAGGACUCAUAAAUGAAGGCAAGCAUGAACAGCUAUGAUGUGGUUUUUGUCACCACAAACACUUAAAAUCUUCCCACAGUUUUUUUUAUGUCUUAGCCGUGUCUUUCCUCCGCACCCCGAGAAACACUUUACGAGCCAUACUGACUGAAUCAACAAAGUGAAAAAUAGAAAAAGACAAGCAUCGUUGACUUACCUGACUUACAGCAGUGUUUCCUUAAUAAGUACAUGUACUUUUGAGAUGACUACCUGCAGGGAUGUUGGUUGAAUGAUAACCAAUAUGUAAGGAAGUGUCAAGACAGUGUCCUAUUUCGCCUGCUCCUGUUGAAAAGUUAAAAAUGCCCCAGAAAAAGCGAGGAAACAUUUCCGCUUUUUUGAUUUUAAUAUGGUGUGUGUGUGUGUAUUUCUGUGUGUGUGUUACAGGAGUCGCAGCCUGCGGACACCAGCCAACAUGUUCAUCAUUAACCUCGCAGUCACAGACCUGCUAAUGUGUGUCACCCAGACACCCAUCUUCUUCACCACCAGCAUGCACAAGAGGUGGAUCUUUGGAGAGAAAGGUACCUGCACACACACACACACACACACUGCAUACACACCUCAUUGUAACAGCCGCUGCAGUUAUUUAUUUAUCAGACUUUCUUUAUUAUUGUUAGCGUGAAAGUAAAGAUUGUCUCGUCACCCUCUCUUCUCCUUCAGACCUUGAAAUCAGUUUUAAUUUCCCACCCUGACAGUGAGAAACAGACAAUCUGAGCUCAGACAUGUUUGCAUUCAAGUCAAUCCUCCUCUGCGUCCCGGGAGAUCCGCUCUGAGGUCAUUUUAAUAUGACAGUGAGUGGGACGCUGGUGUUUAAUUCCCAGAGCUAAAAGAAAAAGAGAAGGACAAGCAGAGGAGGUGUUGAGUAACUGCUUUUUAUUCAUUGGAUUUUAAGUGAAAAUUUGGUGUGAACGCUUUAAAAGAGAGACUAAAAAAGCACAGAUUAUUAUUUCAGAUUAAGUCAUUUCAUAACCUGUGUUUUGUUUAAAGGGUCAGUCCACUCAUAUUACAAAAAGAAACAUACUUUAGAGUCUCCUCAAGAAACUGGUUAUGUUUUUGUUUUCUCAGAAGAAAUAUCAGUCAGAAUCCUGUUUUUAGUCUGUCCUUGAUUAAAAUGUGAACUUUUUAAAGUUACAGGGUAUCAAUCAGUCCAGGAUAUUUAAGGACUUUGACCAGGAUGUAAAGAUCUGAAUCUGUCCUCCCAAAUACCACAAAGCGAUAUGAAGACGACUUUAAAUCAUUUGCAGCUCUCCCUGAUGUUAAAGUGAUUGUUGCAUGUAAGCUUGGUUUAAUUGGAGCAUCUGAGUAUGGAGUAUUAAAGGGAUAUUCCGGCGUAAAAUUAAGUUAAGGGCAAACACACCGUAACACUGAGUUAAACACCCAAUCGAGAGACUAAUGUUGCUGACCGCUUGCUUCUCUAGUUAUACCAUCCUUAGUAAUGACCGCACGAUAGCAAUACACAGCGGUCCCAGGAGCCACGCCCUCAACCUAAAAGCCACUCUAUAGCCACAAAUAAUGCUCAGAACAGCACCUAACUUCAUCAACAGUACAAAUAGGGCCCCAGCCAUAGUACUAGCCACCAAACAUCUUUUUAGUUUUGCCUAAUUUCUUUAGCAAAGAGACUAAACACAACUCACCUACUCUCCUCCAGCAGCCGCUUGCUCAGGCGAGUCCAGUACGGCAGCAGGGUGACACAGCUCAAGGAAGAACAUUUAUGACCAUAACUUUAUCAUUUCCUUGAAGUUAUAAUCACCAUAUUAAUCAUUUUGCACUGCAGAAUGGUAGACCCCAUAUAUACUGUUGAUGAAGUUAGGUGCUGUUCUGAGCAUUAUUUGUGGCUAUAGAGUGGCUUUUAGGUUCAGCAUGUGGCUCCUGGGUCCACUGUGUAUUGCUAUCCUGCGGUCGUUACUAAAGUUUGUACAACGGGAGAAGCAAGCGGUUGGCAACAUUAAUCUCUCAAGGGGGUGUCUAACUCAGUGUUACGGUGUGUUUGACCUUAACUUAAUUUUACACCGGCAUAUCCCUUAAUGGGCUCUAUUUUGGUGCCUCGCCGGAGACGUGCCGCAAGCGCAGAGUCAAUCAGAUCCGCCGCGCUGACAAGGCGUUCCCAAGCACAUUUUGGUAUUUUGGUGAGCCGCGCAGCCCGGCGUAAGUAUCCCCCCUCCCUAACUCAGCUCCUCCCGGCAGCAUAAAUCAUAGACGGGGAGGAGAGAGGGCGUAAAGGGGUUUAACACAGCCGAGACCUGUUUUCACCAAUCAUAUUAGCUCCUCUCCUCGCCUUUAAAUCCGCCACAGGCGAGGCGUAUUAGUAUUUUCAUGAAGUAGUCAAAGAGAUCAAGAGAUGUCUGAAGAAAGUUAUGCCACACGAUGGCGACAGAGGGCAGCUGCUCAACAAGUGUCCUCCACACUCUCUCAUCUGAGCACAGAUGAAUUUGGUGUGCGUAAUGUUGGACCCACUGGUAAGACAAACACCCUUUUCCACAAAUAAAGACACUCACAUAAAGUUGCAUAUAUUCAAACCUCACGUGACAAAGGUGGGUUUAGCGCACAGAUCACAACAUAAACUCCAAAAAGGCAUUAAAAUCGGAACCAUCUGUGCGUAAAUGACACAUCGCGCUCCGUGGCCUGGCUCUUUCUUUCAUAGAUGUUGGCAUAUAAAAUAAAUUUGGCUCACAAAACGGAAUUUUAUAAUAUCCGUAUGUCGGCUUAAAGUAGAUAACGCAUCUGAGCACUGAAACAAAUCAUCUGUUCAGCCGCAGCAGCAGCAGGAAGACGGACAGAGGACACGGAGACGUGUCCAGGUCGAGCUGUGCGAGAAAUAAGAGGAAGAAAGAAAAGGAGGGAGACACAUUACAUAUCUUGUUAACUUCAUCAUGUGUGUUUAUUUACUAGAUAUUUAAUUUAAUUUGAUGCAGUUUCAGCUGUAUUGAUUCGGUCAGGUUGUGUGUCCAAACGCGUGCCAAACGCGCUCAUCAGAUCAGAUAUAGAUCAGAAUAUAUCGAUAUAGAUCUAAAUGUAUGUGCUGACUCAGAUUAAUAGUUGUUGAUCAUUAUUUAUUGCACUGAAAUCUGCCUGACACUGUGGAAACCUGCCGGUGAGGCAUCAGUGACGUAUGUCGAUACGACGUUGGUCUACCAAAAUACUACUGGACCAGCUGCGUUCCGCCUUGCGCUGAAAGCUGACCAGGUUUGAAUCGGCGAGCUUUCAGCGCAGUUACACGCCAGUGGCGAGCACGAAAAUGUCACUGCGCCAGCUGAUUCUGUCAACACCUCCCCCUGCCACGCCACCACGCCCAGCUUGGCGGAUCUCGGCUCGCCUCCGUGCGACUCAGUCCACGAAAAUACCAAACUCGCCUUACACCGGGCUCCGCCAGACGAAAAUACAACUGCGCGGGGCUCGCCGCCCUCCGCCGCCUCACCGGCGCGAACGAAAAUAGAGCCCAAAGUCUGCACUAGCAACCACCUCAACAAAUGAAUAACAUGUACCAUAAGGUGCGGUUUUGCUCUAGUAGACUGCUUCAGUUGCAAGUAACAAAACAAGCCCCACUGGACCUUAUAAAAUUUAGUGCCUUUAACAAAGCCAAUCUUAGCAGGCCUUUUUUUACAUGGACAGCUGUUUCUUUUAUCAUCUGUGUGGUCCUCUUUCAAAUAAGGGGCCUGUAAACUCAGUCCAAAAACCCUGCUAAUGGCAACCAGACCCCCCUACAAAAGUAGCAAUUUUAUCUUGCAGAACACAGGAAUUACAGGUCUAUUACUGACUCAAAAGUUGUUUUCUGUGAUGUUGUUGUCUUAUGAAAAUGCUCCGUUUCAUGCAAACUAAACUAAACUAUUUUGACACCAAAAUCACACAAAAAGAAGAAAAGAAAAACAUGUGAAGAGAGAGGCAAAAAUAAACCAGCAGCAGCUCACCUGGUCUGAGAGGGAAAGUGACAGCAGCGUUUAGAGUCUGGGUGCAUUUGUCCCCCAAGGAUGAUGUCGUAGUCAUUAUUGUGGCUUCAAGCUUAAGCACCAAGGAAUGAAUGAAUAAAUGGGAUCAAAUGAAUGAAUGAACUUGCUGAUGUUGUAGUAGAACAAGGUCAACAGGUCCUUUAACACCGUCACAACACCUGUUUGAGGUUUUCAUCAGUGUUAACAAACCAAAGUCAGAUUUACUGCUCUCUUAUCUACACAUUCAUAGCUGUGCUCUGUGUGAUUAAAAAUGCAUCCUAGCAACAGUCUGUCCUUCAUAACAACAGUGUGCUAUAGAGAAAUAACAGACGGUUGUUUUGAAUUGUUAAAAUGUAGUAACCAAUAAAGAGCAAGUCCAAUAAUAUUCAGGCUAAUUUAAUAUACGUCUAAAAUACUGACCACUUCCCACACACUAGCGCAACCAUUUAAACUAUUAAAAGUGUUCACAAAUUUGAUUUUCCUUUUUGUGUGUUUAGGUUGCGAGCUGUAUGCGUUUUGCGGCGCUCUCUUUGGGAUCUGCUCCAUGAUCACGCUGACGGUGAUCGCCAUUGAUCGCUACUUUGUCAUCACACGCCCUCUAACCUCCAUCGGCAAGUUAUCAAGAAAGCGAGCCUCCCUCAUUCUCAUGGCAGCCUGGGCGUACUCUUUGGGCUGGAGCCUGCCGCCAUUCUUCGGCUGGAGUGAGCACAUGCACACACGCACACUCACACACACACACACGCAUGUGGCCUUGUGUUGAGUACUGUACUGUUCUUAUUCUUUAUCUUAGCCUGGUUUGCCUCAAAGCUCUUCAUAUCACCUCAAAGUAAUUGCUCAUUUGUCCUUCAAAUCCUGCUUUUUAUUGGUUCAGGCCAAGUUCACACUGCCUCACACACACACACAUACGUUAACAUGUGUUUUGUUUUUCUCUUCCUCUCACCUGGUUUUCAUUCAGCUCAGCAGGCUGUAUCUCACACUUUUAUGUAAAUCACGAUGUAUGGAAACAUAAAUCUCCUCAUUAAUCUUCCUGGGUCGGCAAGAGAAACUCUCCAGGCUCAGUCCAGGUGGAAAAUGUUACACAUCAAUGUACAGUUUGUCUUUAGCACUUUGUGAUGUAUGUGUCUCAAUUCUUGUUUUUAUUCUCGUGAGCACUGUGUGUUCCCUUGAGGAGAGAUGGAAGAGAGAGAGGAGAGAAAUGAAAAUGAAAAUAUUUCUCUUUGAGUGUAUGAGUUCAGGUCUGGUGAAGAUGAUCGAGGGACUAAAUGCUCUCAUGAGAGGGUCAGCUUUUGAAACAGCAGUAAGGAGACUGAACUGUUAUUCCUAUAAAUUUGAUCACUUUGCAUUUUUCCUCAGAAUAUUUUUGCAUCUUGUCUAAACAGAGAAAAGUGGGACCAGCUGUUAUUUUGAAGUCGAAGUUCAUUUCAGCCCCUGGGUGUUUCAGGAAACAGGGGGGAAAGAAAGUUAGCAUAAGAUGGAAAAAGUAAUACAAAACAUUGUCGUUUCAGUGGUAUAAAGUCAUUUUAUAAAUUAAUCAAUCUGUGUUAUCUUCACAGGAAAAAGAAACUCACCAUCCAUAGAUAAUGAACUUUUCCCUGUGUGCAAUAAUAUAGCGUUUAAUCAAGAUCAUAUUCUGAUAACAGCUGUUGAAUAUCAAUAUCAGCCCACGAAGGAAAGAAGUAAUCUGCAGAUUCAUCCACUGUGAAAAUAAUAAUUAAUUGCUGCAUGAUUCAAAAAAAGACACACACAAAAAAAAAAACUCCAAAUGAGCUCAACUUAAUAUAACUCCAACUCUUGUACAACAUCCUUUAAAGUUCCUGAGAGGACUUUUGAGGUCUGUGGAUUUUGUGGAUGAUGGAAAGACUGACUCCUAUUGGAUGUUACUCUGUACAUUUAAGUAGAGAUUUUUGAACAUUUAAUUUUUUAAGAAGAUAUCAAUAUAUUAGAUCUAGGGUUAGAGUUAGGAGUUGAGUAGGAGGCAGUUUUGUGACUCCAGUCUCUGGAGGCUUUUAUUAGAUCUCUGUAUUCAGCUUCUUGUCCAUUUCUGAUACAUGCAACAAUAGCGGUGUCAUCUGAGUAUUUCUGGAUGUGGCAGGACUCAGUGCUGUAUUUAAAGUCUGAUGUAUACAGUGUGAACAGGAAUGGAGCCGGGACUGUCCCUUGUGGAGCCCCUGUACUGCUCAUUAAUGUCCCAGAAACACAGUUCCCCAGCCUGACAAACUGUUGCCUUCCUGUCAGGUAAUCUGUGAUCCAGGAAACACAGGAAGGAUCCACUCCCAUCUCUGUGAGCUUGUCUUUGAGUAUGUUGGGUUGGAUGGUGUUGAAUGCAUUUGAAAAGUCAAAGACCAUGAUCCUCACGUAAACCCCAGGUUCCUCCAGAUGAGACAGGGCACGGUGAAGCAUGUAGAGGACAGCAUCAUCCACUCCAAUGUGUUCUUUGUAUGCAAACUGCAGGGAGUCUUUGACCUCAGACCUCAGAAGGCAUAGAAUCAGCCGCUCUAGGGUUUUCAUGAUGUGUGAAGUGAGGGCCACUGGUCUGUAGUCAUUUAGUACAGCAGAACAUUUUGUUUUUGGUACUGGCACAAUGCAGGUCAAUUUUAUUUCAAUUUUAUUUCAAUUUAAGAGCAGAAUAUUGAAUUUUGUUAAACAAUUUAUAAGGUACACACCACAGGACUUUUAUAUGCAAAAUAAUACUGAGGUUUACUACAAGGAAAAGUCUGAAUCCUCCCCUUGUAUUAUUGUUUUUGGUGUAUUUAAAGCUCCUGUGAGAAGUGUUUUUAAAUCGUGAUGAAACUGAAAUGAAAACUGAUGUCUCUUGAGGGCCUAUACAAACAAACAAGACCACCAGAGAGUAGAGAUAGAGACAUAUUUAAAGUUAUAGUGAGAAAGUUAUUGUCACACAUCAAAUCUGGAUGAAAUUUUUCACUCUCGUGUUCAUGUGUUCAGGAAAAGGUCGGCAAAGAGAUCAGAGGCAUUACUUUGUCCAUGGUGAGUACCAAAGUGAUUACGAACCGAGAGUUACUCAUGGGGAUUUGGAGGUGCAGUCCGGUGUUUGACCAUGCACUAUUGACACAUAGCAGAGGACACAUAUUUGACAAUUGGACAAAGAUAGACCAAGAGACGUGUUCAAAGGAGAAGAGGGACUAAAAGGUUUUUAGAGUGGUAUUCAAACUCUCUCUGCAUGUGUGUCUGUCUCUCCUUUCUCCCAGGUGCUUACGUCCCAGAGGGCCUGUUGACUUCCUGUACGUGGGACUACGUGACCUUCACCCCGUCAGUGCGAGCAUACACCAUGCUGCUCUGCAUCUUCGUCUUCUUUCUGCCACUCUUCAUCAUCGUCUACUGCUACGUUUUCAUCUUCCGUGCCAUCCGUAACACCAACCAGUGAGUCUGUCGUGUUGUUGAGUUUGUUUGUUUUUAUGGAGUGUCUCCUGGGUCUUUUGAUUUGUUUUUCUUUAGUCUAAGAGUGAAUUGAUUUUCAGCUCCCAGGAGUUGCUUUUAAUAAGAAGUUAAGCUACAACUACAGGUUACAUUUUCCCACCUCCGCACUACAAGUGUGUGUCACAAUGCACUUGCUCAAUCCCCAUUAUCAAAGAAUUUCUCUUUUGUAAAAUGCUGACAACACAUGGAAACGUCUGAAAUUCCUCUGAUUCUUCUGAAAAAGUUUGUGUUUGAGUGAGAAGUUAGACCUGAGAGAAAACCUAAAGCAGAGUGAUAACAGAGAUAUAAACUGCAAAGACCUGAAAGACUGUGAUACUGUGCAAGGUUAAAGGUCCUUACACACCAAGGCCGAAAUUACGAAAUAUUUGGAGGAGAAUUUUGAUGCCCCCUGACUAUACACUGGGUGGAAGCGAGAAGACUGACACAAUAGCAGACUGACUGGAUGAUUAGACACUAGUGUUGAGAUGGCCGUCUGUCAUGAUAGUAUGUACUGAGUCGGGGCCAGUACCGGAUAAGCACAUUAAACUAUAAUCCAUAAACGUAAGGUAACAACCGAUACCUAAUGGUGCUGUAACAGCGAUGUGAUUGAGUUUGAGACAGUGAAAAUACAUAUGGUAUGUUGUAUCUGAACAGGUUAGCUUACGAGCUAAAGUUACUUAGCACAGAUGAAAGUUAAAACAAAGACGUUUAGCAAACUGUUAAAGCACACAAACCAUCUUCAUAUGAGAGGUCUGAGGCUAUGACUCUCCACAAGUUGUCCUUCAGGUCGUUAUCUUUGUAAUGUUUGUGUCUUUUAUCAAAAAGCACUCUGUUCUCCGACACGUAGACAAUCAGCUGGUCGGCAAUGUUGGAUAUACCGGUGAAUCUGACGUCACAACAACACAAAAUCUGAUUGGUCAGAAGUGGACCCACAGUAUGCGAAACUUUAGAAAAAUUGACUAUGAUCCGAAAAAAUAAAUGCCGCAAUAUCGCAGGACGGGAAAACGUCGCUGAUGUGAACGCUUGUAUUGACAGGAUACGGGUUCGAAAAAAAAUAUUGACGUCCGAAAUAAUCGCACGAAGAAAAAAAAUGGUCCCGUGUGAAAGGACCUUCAGUUUUAUUUUAAGCAACAUAUUAAGUUUAUGCUUUGGAAAUCCCACUAAUGUUGAAGUUUGGUCAUUAAUUCUCAUUAGCUAGCUCUAGCACAAUCAUUUUGAGAUAUUCGUGUGCCUCUUAACCUGGUUUAAUGCCAAUACCUGUGCACUUUAACAGCAGCCGCCUGCUUGAGACCGACAGGAGACAGAUUUACAGGCCCUAAAAAUUCCUCUAGUUGUUUUCAGCUGCAGAAUAACAAGUCAUCAAAUUAGGGACUGCUGAAGUUUCUUUAAGCAGCAGAAAAGUUAGAGUUAACACAGUGUUAGAAAAAGCUGUGAAAUUCCCCUGGCAGUGUGAUGAGCCAAAACAGCAGCAGGUCUGACUUUUAGAUGUAUCUGGAGGGUCGAAUGAUCCAUGUGUUUUCUAUUUCCACUCUAAAUGACAAAAAACCUUUUUCACACACUGUUCUCACGUUUACACUUGUGUUGUGUGUUUUCAGGGCUGUGGGGAAGAUGAAUGGCAGCGUUCAUGGUCACGGCAGCAGCAGAGACUCGGUGAAGAAUUUUCACCGUUUGCAGAAUGAGUGGAAGAUGGCAAAGAUCGCUCUGAUUGUCAUCCUACUCUACGUCAUCUCAUGGUCACCAUACUCCAGUGUUGCUCUCACGGCUUUUGCGGGGUAAAACUAACACCAGCCGGCACACACUUCAUGAAGCACCAGUAAAACUAGUGUCAGUGUCACCGUCUCAGGUCCAAGUCAAAAUAGAACUACCCUAGGGCUGGGCAAUAGAACGAUAUGUACUGAAAAUUAAUUUCCCUCAAUAUCAAUAUAAAACAUGGUCAAUAUGCUUUUCAAUAGUCGGCAUUCUUACAUGUUUUAGUAGACUAUACAAAUAGCCAAUGAAAAGGGGAGUUGCUCCGGGUUCACUUCAGGCUGAACCAAUCAUGUGCUGAUUUAGAACCAAGUAGCAAACAACUGCGUAGUAGCAGGCUGCAGCUACACACAACCAUAGCACUUUAACACGUGAAGCCGACAGCACUGAUGGUGAGAAAAAGAAAAUGAGUGCUACCCCCAGCAGAAAUGCAGAUGAAGGCUCAACAGAUGAUGACAUUGUCGACAACACUGUCACAAAAACGUUGGUGGUGUGGAGGUUAUUUGUUCUUUUGAGGUUGGACAUGAAGCAGAGUAAUGUGCACUGCAAGUUUUGUCGAGUACAUGUUCUCCCAAAUUCGGGGAAUACCUCAAAUCUUUUUCACCACCUAAAGCAGUGCCACGCGGCAGAGCACACGGAAUGCAAAAGGUUACAAACCCAAGCGGAGCAAGGAGCCCAUGACACCUGUGAAGCCGAAACAGUCUCUUCGACAAAACAUUGAAGAGACACAAAGAUCUCACAGAUGUAGUAGCUUAUUGUAUUACGAAAGACAUGCUACCAAUAAGCACUAAGUUAAAUUUUAAAAUAUUGUGAUAUAUAUCUAUAUUGACUAAUAUGAAAAAAAUAUAUCAUGAUAAACUUUUUCCCAUAUCGCCCAGCCCUAACUUACCCAAGACUGAAAAUGAAGAUAUUUGAUGGAAUCUAAAUCAGAGACGUGUGGCUGAAUAUUUACUGCAGUCUUGUGUCUUAGUAGAAGGUAGCUUUUCCACAAUAAAAAAUAAGUAGACAGUUUUCAGGUUGCAUAAAUGGAGUUUAAAUUAGAGUUUGACUUGAUAUCAAAUCAUUAAGGUUCACCUAUUCUGCAUGUGUUUUUUACAACCUUCAUCAGUAUCAUCAUUCUCCUUGUAUUUCCUUUUUCAGGUAUGCUGAUAUGUUGACCCCCUACAUGAACUCUGUGCCCGCAGUCAUCGCCAAGGCUUCAGCCAUCCACAACCCCAUCAUCUAUGCUAUCACACACCCAAAAUACAGGUAACACACGUUCUCACACACGCAGACUCAGGUGAAUCAGCAACUCCUAAUUACAAUUCAGACCCUGUUUAAUGAAUUAACAAUUUAUAAACACUAAAACUUUAUCAGCAUGAGUUUUCUCUCCAGAUCCGUGUUUUUAAACUUCAGAGUGCAAUAAAUGACCAUCUUUACAAAAAAAAAAAGGCUUUGUCGAGAAAGCGGCUGGAGGACUGGAACAGAAAAUAGGCAGAAGGGGUCAGCUCUGUCACAUCAUUAAACUAAUUUGACAUUAACUUUAUCCAAAGCUCUGCUCUUGGUGUCGGUGUACGCUCUGUUUGAAGAUUUGUCUGAACUUGACUUUUCAAUCAGAAAGCCCAUCUGUCUCCCUCCUCUCCCGGGGUCCAUUAAGUCUCGUCAAGAUGGCUUUGUGUGUCCACAAUGAAUGGCGUGUCGUUGUCAUCGUCUUUGUGCUUUUUCCAACACUGUCAACAUCGACAUCAACUUCACUGUCACCAACACAGUCAGUGUCACCCUUUUUUUUUUUUUUCAAAGCCUGCAGAUCCGUUAGUGCACUACAGGUGAAAGAACAUGUACUGUAUGUGCCACAUCCAAGAAGAGUGUGAAAACAAAUGAUGGCAAGAUAAAGCAAUGACAUAUUUACAAAUAAAGCAUACACUUACUGUACACUGAGAGCAGUACAUUGGCUUUUCCUUCUGUUUUCUAAAACAGAAUAUAGAAGUUCCCAAAUUUAGCAAAGGAGCUUUUGUGUCCUUUUAACCCACUGGCUUGGUUCAUCACAUGGCAGCAAAUAAACAUGGCUGAAAUAAACUCAGAAAUCUCAUGUUUGUGUGUUAGAUACAGAAUUGAAAGGUAGACAUUGGGAAUUUCAAGCUAGGCUAACAAAUUAACAUGAUUUUCUCUCAUUAGUUUUACAGAAAUGUAGUGUUAAGGUGCUGAAACUGUUUUCAUGACAAACAAAAAGCAUGAUGAUUCAAAAUUCACAUAAAGGACAAAAAGCUGCAGAAAGUCUCUGAUGUCAGUGAUAGGUAAAAAGAAAAUAUGUGUCUGUUUACAUCUUUUUUUUAUAUCCUGACAUAUGAAGUGAAACAUUCCGUAUAUUGUAGAGUUUAGUUAUUAACAGGGCCACGCAGAGACUUUUGGAGGGGCAAGUGCUCAAAGAGGCACAUGAACACACAUUUGAAACACCAUUUGUCAUCCAGCUCACCAAUGAUCCACUGCCUUUCACAGCAUCAUGCAGCUCCUUUUGUUUUGUUUCAACCUCCUAUCCUUACAAGACAUCUCUGCAGAAUGACAUAAAAUUUAUAAACUACAAUUUGAUGUACAUAAAACACACACACACACACACACACACACACACACAUAAUGCCAUUAUACUACAUACUGUGCGGCCACAAAUUUGCUCCAUGGUGCUGAUUCAUAAUCUGCCCUUUUUUUAUUCAUAGUGCUAAUGAUAAAGUAAAAUAUAAUUAAAAUUAUGUAUUCAAAUGUAUAAGUACUUUUAUGCAGUUUCACUUCCACUUUGCGCAAGACUCCAAGGUUAUAAAAGUUAUUUAUUUUAUAGUUGUGCAUAUAAUAUUUAAUUUGUCUGUAUAGGCUAUAUACAUACAAAUGUUAUAAACAAGUACUAAUAUGUUUAAAUGAGAGGUUGAAAAAAAACUUAAAUUUAAAUAAAAAUUUAAAUUCUUUGAAUUAUCAUUUUUAUAUAUUUAGUCCAAAAUUACGUGAAUAUGCAUGUACAUUGCAUAGUUUUUGUAAAAUAACGGUCUAUGUCUUGAUGCCUCUAGAAACACAGGAAAAACACUGUAACUCACUUGACAUUAAAAUGAUACAUCUCUCUAACGCACGUUUCCCAUUACUAAAGAAACGUAUAGAAACAAAAAGAAGCCUGACAUACUUUUUCCCCUCAGCACGCUGUGUGUUGAAUUGAAUUGAAUUGAAAUUCUGCUCUAACUGAAGCAAAGACUGAGUGCUAUGGCCUAAAAUAAAAACUUUACUCUGGACAAUUUUCUGCCCCAAAAUGUUAUUUCAGGUGACUGUGUCUUCUGAAACCACAGUACCACACAGCUCUGCACCAUUUUGAAACCAACCUGUCUUUUAGCUCCCACUGACUCUGAACAAACAUUUCAGCAGGGGGGCAGUUUUAAAGUGAACAACAUUGAUUAUCUCUUUAAAGUGCACCUGUCACUCGAUGGGACAUGGACCAAAAGUGAACAAAAUGCUCAAUUUGGUCCCUGGUUGAUGUGUUAAAGUUGGGAGAAAUGGGCUGGCAUACAGGUGUGAGUGACUUUGAUAGAUGUCAGUCUGUGAUGGCUAAAUGACUAGAUAAGAGCAUCUCCAAAACCGAAGCUUGUUUUGGGUGUUCCCAGUCUGGGUUGGUCCAAGGAAGGAAAACCAGUGAACUAGUUACAAGGUCAUGGAUGGCCAAAGGUGAUACCAAGCCCUCAGAUAUAAACAUUUCAUGUAAAGUAAUAACUGUAUGGAUGGCCAAGGGUGAUACCUAGCCCUCAGAUAUAAACAUUUCAUGUAAAGUAAUAACCAUAAAGUAAUAACUAUGAAAGCAAAAAAAAAGUUUUUGAGUCAUUUCCUCACAUGGCAUGUUCCCAUUUUUGUCAGGACAGCUAAAAAGAGACAGGACACAUGUGGAGUAAGUAGUGGGGUAGUGGGGGAGGAUUGCCAGCAGACAGUCACUGUCAGGAGUCAAACCAGUGACAACGACUAUAGCCUCUGUUGAUGAGGCGCAUGCUAAAAGCCAAAGCACUGUCUGUUGUGAGGAAUGUGUCUCAUUUGAAAAGCUGUGUGUAGGGUGUGAGGGAUAGUCAUGAUCCAGCAGAAGGGCUACUGAGCUCACUUUAAAGACAAAGUUCAAACUGGUUCAGAUUAGUGAUGCACCAAUCCACAUUUUUUCACCUGUGAUCUGAUCUCAAUUCCUGAAUUUGGAUAUCUGCCAAUACGGAUACUAUGCCGAUGCCAGACAACCAAUGAGGCUGUAAUAAACUCCUUUCUACAGCAAGUAUGAUUUCCUGAAUGGAGGCAUGUCUCAUCUCUGUCAUAUUGAGACACGCCUCCGUUCAGGAAAUCCAUUGUGCAGUUUGCGGCCAGCUAGUAGACUGACCGGUAAGAAUCACUUGUACAGUCUUUCAGCUGACAAAGUUGAAGCAAAGACAUGACUUAUGGAUCAAAAACUUUUGCAGGCUGGAUCAGAAAAUUCUGAUCCCUGAAUUAGGUUGGUAUGGGAACCUGAUACCAGUACUGGAUCGGAUCGGCCCCAUCCCUAGUUCAGAUAGAAGGCUGUCGGAAAAAAUACUAUAGCUGCAAAACUGACCAAGGUGCUUUUAAUGACCCCUGCCCACCAACAAAGUGUUAUGGGCAUUGAAGCAUAAGAACAGUAUGGAGCAACGGUGACCCUGAAGGUGGCUUAGGGGAACAUGAGUUCACAGUGUUGACUCCAAAUUCUCUAUAUCUUAAUCCAGUCAAGUAUCUGCGAGAUGUGCUAUUAAACCAAGUCUGAUUCAUGGAGAGGUCACCACACGACCUAAGGACUUAAAGGAUCUGCUUGGUGCCAGGAACCACAGCACACCUUCACAGUGCUCGUGGAGAGGAGUGUUCACAAUAUGAGGCAUUUGUCUAUAAUGUUUUGGCUGAUUGGUGAAUUUUUUUUAAUGCAGCUGUAGUUUGGGGCAAGGGACUCUGACGCUUUCUUAGACUUUCAUUAAGCUGUUGAAAAUUUCUGUGUCCGUCUUUCUCUCCAGGUUGGCACUCGCCAAGUACAUCCCUUGUCUCGGUGUCCUGCUCUGUGUUCAUCCUCGUGACCUGCGCUCUACCAGCAGCAGCUUCAUGUCAACACGUCGCUCAACUGUGACCAGCCAGACCUCCGACAUCAGCAGCCAGUUCAGAAGGCAGAGCAAUGGCAAGUCCCGCCUCUCCUCUGCCUCUGACAGCGAAUCGGUAAGCCUGAAUCCAGUAGAGCGGUUUGAUGGUGUUCCAUAGUUUAUGAAAUCGAGGCAGAUUCUCAGGUAUGUGUGAAUCAAAGCGUGUGUUUUUAAUCUUUGUAGGGUAUGACAGACACUGAAGCUGAUCUGUCCAGUAUGGGCUCCAGACCUGCCAGCCGCCAGGUUUCCUGUGACAUCAGCAGAGACACGGCCGAACUGGACUUCAAACCCUCCUCCAGCUUCAAGUCCAAGAUGAAGAGCCACGACUCGGGCAUCUUUGAAAGGGUAAACACCUCUUCGCUGUCAAUCAAACUGCCUGAGAUAAAAGUGGAUGAUUUUUUUUUCUCUUCUUAAAGACAGUGGAAACUUUUUAAGAGGAGCAGGUUCUCUAGCUCAGACCUACUAAAAUAUAAAUCAUUCAACACUGUUAGCUGAAGUAAUGUCAAUUAAGGACUAUACACAAAGUGAAUGGUCACAUUAUUCAGCUACAGUUGCCAUGGAGUCAGAGAUUUCAGAACACUUAAACCCAUCAUCAUGGUUACCACAUUUAUCCUUGUCUGACCCUGAAUCACAAGGUGCCUUCAGAUUACUGUUUGUGUCUCUACAAAAACCUUUAUGUUUCUAAGGGUCAGUCUUGAUAAACUCAAACCUGUUGUCAAAAAAAAACUUUCUUCACUUUCCUCAAACACUUUACAUGUCACAUCAUCGGUUGCAGCAUCAUCUAAAGCAUAUACACCUUUUAUCUGUUAUCUUUGGCAGACACAAUCCAAACAGUGCUUGCUGGGAACAAAUACUCAGGACCAGUUCUCCAAAUGGUUCCUGCAACUCCCACAAUGGAGUUAUUUAAACCAGAUGGUACAAACAUAAUGGAGCACAGUCAGAAUAAAAAUAAGAAUAACUUUAUUUUAAGGGAAAUUCAAUUGUCUUUAGUCUCACUGGUCAUGUCUCAAACAGUCAUCUACUAUUUAUGGAAGAAUUGUAAAGUCUGAUGGUUAUGGGUACAAAAGAUCUUCUGAACCUUUCUGUCCUGCACCUUAGAGAGAGGAGUCACUCAGUAGUAGUUUCAAACAAAAACUUUUCUUUAUGAGGUUUAGUUGUGACCUACCUCUGCUGAGAAGCAGGAAAACUAGAGAUGGCAGAGGAUUUCCACUAAGAGAUAUUUUAAAGGCAUGGUUGAUGAUUGGAGAAGCAGUUGAAAAAAACUGAGCUAUUUGAAAGUGUCCCACCCCCACAUACAAACCCCUCCCCUCUGUGCUCCACAAUAAGUCCCCCCCCCGAACCUGUAUCGCGCUCCCCACAACACACCCCCUCUAGCAGGGCAAGAAACCGGCCGGCAGAAGAUCCUACGCUGGCUUUAAAUAGGAUUCACCAUGUUGGACUGCUAGGGACUAGCGGCAGUAAACACCAGCUCUGCUAGCGAGCAGCAUCUGCAGCUGCCUGGAUAGCCACCGUGUUUGCAGAGACUAAUAAGAGUUAUUUAUGGAACAUGUGCCACGAAAAAAGGAAAAAAUUACCUGUUCAAGAAAAACUCUGCUGUCUCGGCAUCUGUUUUCAGGCCCAAAACCUGGAGGAGCUUUCUCCACCGCUCAAAGGAUGACCCGAUGUUUAUUCAAGUUAGAUUCCUCGCUUGGUCACAUUUCCUCUUCGUCUCUGCCCUGUCUUCUGUCGGUUUUCUGCUUUUUCUUCUCACUUUUGGCGGUGGGACAAGCAGAAGUGUGUUUUUUUUCCGUUCUUCUCCAUCACAGCUCCUGUAGCUAAGCUUCUACUUUUAGCCGCUUAGAGCUCCGAAGAGGGCCGGGAGAGUGGGAGGGGAUGCGUUAGAACUACGGGAAAGGGGUGUGUCGAAUACAGCGAGGUGAUUGGAUGGAGAGGUGGAGCAGGAGAUUGACCAAUAGGAACUGUCUGGGAUGGAUGGCUCCCACUGGUCAAUGUUUUUGCAGCUCUGAACCUGCUAGGGUGAAUGCAUUUUUUUCCCUUCUUUUUUUUCUCGUCACUUUGUGGAGAUCGCACUAUAGGACCAUGAUCGCCAUAUAAACAAGGUUUAAAAUAAUUACCAAUCUCACCAAUCGUCAACCAUGCCUUUAAAUGUUUUACUAUUUACCCAUAUUAUCAACAGCCUAUCAAUGGAAGGUCAGCUGGGAGGGUUAUUAGUAUUCUGGGCCUGGUAAGGCUGUUCAUGCAUCUUCCUUCACAACACCAGUGUCCAUCUUAAUCUAUGCCUUUAUGAUUUUAAUCUGCUGGGUGAGUUUUUCUGCUCCAGUGGAAAAUCCUAUUUUCAUUCUCAUAAAUCAUUGACUUUGACUGUCACUUCCCCUUUUCAAAUAAUGAAUUAAAAUUCUUGGUAAUUGAUUUAUGACAGAUUGAUGGAUGGUCCUCUCGUUUCCUGUCUGCCGUGCUGAUUAAAAUCUAAUGACAGAUUAAUCUUUGUUUUGACUCAUAAUUUGACAGGAAGUGUUAAAGGAGGAUUUCAAUCAUGGCUCUCACUGCAGGAUUAUGGUUGCUAAUCAUGGGCUGACAUUCGUGUUUUUGUUAUUCUUCCAGACGUCUUAUGACACUGAUUUCUCCAUGGUUGGAGUCAGUGAACGCAGCAGCAUCCCUAAUGUGAGUAUAGUGCAGCUAUUUUUGGUUAUUCUUUUACAGAGCUGUGAACACAGUUUAACAUGCAGUGACACAGUGAAACAUUUAAAAAUCUGAAAAGAGUAUUGGUUAAUUAAAGGCAUUUUAAAAAGAUCUGCACUGGUUGAUGUCUGUGCUCACAUGGCUGAUUGAAAAAGUCAACAAACAAAGUCUGCAAACGCCACAGGCUGCUGUUGAGCAAUGUUAGAAAUGUGAUGAAAAUCUUAGUUUGAGUCCCAUAUCUUUACUAUAACUCUCAUGCACUCUUCUGUAAAUGUUGGCCUAAACUCCAUCAGUCAAUGUUGUAUUUUUCUAUUUUAUGAAGGAAUCAAAAAUCCAUCUGAAACUAGAUGGUGAUAUGCGUGUAAAUCAAUCAAUCAAUCAAUCAAUCAGUACAUAAGUCCUUAUUUAUGCAGUAUAGCCCCAAUUCACAACAAGUGUUAUCUCAUGAUGCUUUACAAAAAGAGCUGAUCUAGAUCAGACUCAGUAUAUUUACAAAGACCAACAUCAGUAUGGGAUAAGAUUGAGUCCCAUCCUGUAAGAGCAUACCAACUCUGAUCCCAUUUUCAUCUACAUGAAUGUAACACUUUACAGCAUUUAGCAAAAUACAGUUGAAAGGAAAUUCUUCCUUUAUCAGGCAGAAACCUUGAGCAAAACCAGACUCGUGUUAGACAGUCAUCCGCUGAGACUGUGCUGGGACUAGAGAGGAGAUAAGGGGAGAUGAUGGAAGAGAGAGGUGGACAGAGACAAACAACAACCACAGAAGUAGUAAAUACAGAUGUAUGGUUACAGUGUCAAAGAUAAGGAAACAAGUGUGUCAACUUUUUAUAUUAAUAGCCUGUUAAUGAUAAUAGACUGAUCUUAGCUUGAAUUAUCAAAAAAGGAAAGUCAACUGGUCUUUAAAUGCUGCAUAGCAGUGAUGGCAUUUAUAAUAGUGGGGUUGAGGCAAAUAAUGGGGUCAGGGUUAAACCAAUAUCAGGCAACAGGUGUCAAAAAGUGAUACAAUUAACAUUAGCUUUGUAACAGUGAUUAAAAGUGGAGUGACGAUGCUAACAGUUGAAGCAACUAGAAAGCAGGCAGAACCUCCAAUCGCUGAAGCUAGAAGAAACCUGAAGCAUGUGUUAAAGACAUUAAGGUUUGGAUGGCCAGAAAUUUUUUUAUGCUCAGUUCUGACAAAACUGCUGUUACUGGUAUUGGCCUCAAAAACCUCAUUGGGACAUAUUCAAUGAUAUAACUGCAGUAUAUGGCAUCAGUCUGUCAUCCGGCACCUCUGUAAGGAAUCCAGGAGUUUUUCCAGGACAACUUAUGCAAAUUUGUGCCUUUUUUUAAGAUAGUUUUCCUGUUUUAGUCUUUUUUAGACUUUAAUUGAUUAAAAACCCAAAAUAUUUUUUUCAAAUUUCAGUUUCAGUUUUGAGUUAAAAAAUUAAUAAAAUCAAAACUAUCUGGGUCAUCAAUAAAUCAGUCUGAGCUGAGCUGAGUCUUUACUUCACACUAGCACAUCUCAAAAACUACCUGACACAGUCAAUACUACCUAAACAGAUCACACCAACCUUUGAGAAGCUAUGUAGUUCAAGGCAAACAAUAAAAACCCUUACACAGGAUUCCCCUAAAUUACACUUUUAAGGUACUAAACAAAUCCGUGAAUGAGAUAAUGAUUAACCUCUCCCUUUUUUCCUUAUCAGAACGGGGACUUUGGAGAAGCACACAUAAUGAGGGGCACAAUUGGUCGAAUCCCGAGCAUCGUCAUCACCUCUGAGACCAGCCCUUUCCUCCCAAAUGGACGGAAAGGUUCCAAGACAGUUUACAACAACACAAAGGCGGGGUCUGGAUAGAGCCCCACCCCCUCCCAUCACUUGCAGCUAUGAGACCACCUUAUUCAAAAGUAGUGAAACACACAGCCAGGGUUUUUCUGAUGCUCAGAAACAAAUAAGCCAUUAGAGAGUGUCGUUGAUAUUUGUCCUAAUAGGUCAGGGAUUGGACAUGAUGCUGUCCUGACCAGAGCAAAAAACAUAAUAAUUCUUAGUUUGGAUAUUUUAGACUUCAACCAGAGUACAUUCACUCAGUAUAUUGUAAUAUCUGAAAAAUAGCAUACUGAGUGUAGAGCACCUCAAAAUAAUUGUUUUAAUUGACCCCCACACCCUCCUUUUUUAACUUGAUUAAGCCCCUCUACACACACUGAUACACACACACACACCCACACAGGUCUUUGUAGUUAUUCUGGAUAUCUAGGCUGGCUGGUAAAAAUAGUGAAACGCCCUGAUUAACAAAAAGAAGAAGACUCAGAACAGAGCGUAAGUGAAAACAGCUGUGUUACUAUGGAAACACUUUUGAUAAGGACUAAGAAGACCAUAUAAUAUGUGACAGUUCUGUAAAGCCAGUUGUCUGAGUAUUGACUCCUGCUUUUUGUCCCUGUGUCAGAUGGAUGCAAACAGACACACUGUUGUAAAAUUUCCCCGUGUUGUAUUUCUCAUUUUAUGUGAGCUCCUGUUGACGUUUUUUUUUUUUUUUUUUUUUUUAAUGACUCAUUUAAGAUGGAGGUGUUUUUGGACCCACCGCUACUUUUCUACAAAAGCUGUGCUUUCCUGUUUGUGUUCUUGUUGCUUUUUGUUAUUUACUUGUGAUUUUCCAGCUUAGUCUUGUGCAGAAUCACAUGGAGGGUUCAACGUUUUUCUGGCUGGGACAUGUAUAAGCUACAAUUUUAAAAACCAGACUUUGAAUUUGAAAACAGAGAAGGCCUUCCAAUUGACAAUUGGAAAAUCCCCUCUCUAAAGUUAAAAAUACAAGAACAAGAGUCCAAGAAAACACGGUGUGUUUAUCUUAUUGAACAAAAGCUGCAGCGUUAGCAUGUCUGGUUGGCUAGCCUUCAAUAACCUUUACUCUCUAAUACUCCUAAGCCAUGGGCAUAAUAUCCUGCAUUUUCUGUGUUUUAUUGCAGGUUUUUUAUAUCCAACAUCUAAUAUUUCCCCCUAUGUCUUGGUGAGCCUCCAGAGGUGAAGGUAAACAUUGGCAGGCUCAUCCUGUUUCAUUGGAUCAAGGGUUUUUAGGCUUUCCCUAUCUAAAUUACAUUCAUUAUCCAAGAGAGCAUUCUGUUUGAAAAAGCUUCUCUUCACAAAACAAAAGGUCUGAAGUGAAUUAUACUGUCAACUUCUACAAACAAUAUGGUAUAAAUCAAACCUCUCUUGCUUGUUUGUAUAAGCUGAGUAGAAAGACAGUUAUGUAGAGCUUAUUUCACACUUGAUUUCCUGACAAUCAGGUCCUAACAUUGUCCAAACUUUAGACAUCCAGAUAUUUGUUUAUACAUGCAGCCCACCCUGGUAGUUCAAGUGUAUUUGCAGGAGUGCAGAACAUGUGUGAAAGGUGCUUUGGAGUGAUAUACCCUUAAAUAGUGAUACAAAAACCAGACCAAAACAAGAAAAAACAAACAUAAACUCUGCUUAGCAACAGUGAUGACUGUUGGUUGUUCUUCUUCAUCCAUUAAUCGUGUUAUCACAGCCAUACAAAGGCUAGAUCCAAGCACAGAGAAAUAGAGCAACUGUAAAAAGAUUGUGUCAUAUUUUGAAAAAUCCUCUGGCUAAUUUUUUCCACUUUUGAUGUGAUGAGGCUACAAUUUCCCUCAACUUCCAGUUUUUAGCACUAAACUAGGCCAAACAUACCGGUAUCUCUGUAUGCACAGAGGAAAAUGUAAUUUCUUUAGCAUUUUCAUUUCGAGUUAUUUCUGGGUAUGAUAUAUCAAUGUACAGGAUCUUAAAUGUCAGACUGAAAUAAUUCAAUGCUUCCCAUCUCAUUCAACUCUGAAAGCUCUGAGGCCUGCAAAAGCACUUUUACAAAGAAACAACUUUUUGUUGUUGUUCCGUCAAGAUUUCAUGCUUUUAGGUGUUCUCAGUUUUGUUUUGUUUUUUAUGUUUGUGUUUUUCCUUUCUUUUGACUGCAUAUAUAAGGUGUAUAUUUUGCUGAAGGGUAGUGUAGUGAAACGUGAUUAUAAUGUUGUUUGUGUUUGUUAGGGGGGUAUAAAGGGACAUAAUUGUUGAUUGUAAGACAGUGCUUGAGAAGCAAAUCUAACCUGUUGGUCUGUGUGAAGUCUUUGUACCUUUCCCAAGACUGUAAAAUAGUUCAGAUAUAACUACUCAUGACAGCAGGGAGGAAGGUCACAUUGAUUUAGCCACGGAAAGAAACAUGGUAGACAACUUGAAAAUGAAUUUGGCAGAAAAAUCUAAUCAGUGAAGUUCUAACAGCUCAACUGAACCUGAGCAAACUUGUUUAAGCUGUAAACUAGAACUAUUAGUUUUGUGAAACCAAACUGAUUAAAUGUUGAUCUUAACUCUUAGCUUCACUAACAGAGAACAUUAUUAUGUGCAACAACAUACUUUAGGCAAAUGGAACUUAGCUAAAUUGUUAGCUGGUGAUAUCAAAAUGUCAAAGGAGCUUAAAAGUAUACACCCAAGUGUUUUUAAGUUAAUUGACCCUUAGCUAACAUUAAAUAAAUAUUUUCAUUGUGGUCAAUUAGAGGUUUAGCCAAUAGCAAGCUAGCUUUUAUUUGUCAGCUAGUUGGCGUGUACAGCUAAACAGGGUCAUUGACAACCUAGAAUUGUUUUAAUACUUAAUCUAAAGUUUACUCUCAAGCUUUUUAAGAUGCCGAGUCAUUAGCAGAGUGAAACUCUGAUAAAUGAUGUUUAAUUUUUUCAUCUAUUUAUUGCAGAAGUUAUAUUUGUCUGAACACCACCUUUUCUAUGCUGGCGUGAUGCUAAAUUAAAACUAGUUGAUCAGGUCUUUAAAUAUCUCGUUGCUUACAGCUUUUUAAAUAAUUUGGCAGCUUUCCCUAUCACUAAGCCAAAGUAUCUCUUUUAACCAACCAGAAUCCAGGAUUGACAGUGUUAGUACACUAUAAAAAAAAACUAAGCUUGACAAGCUUAGUGUUUCUGUGCGUUGUUUAUCCUGGCAUCCAAAUGCAGAAUGUAAAAUGACAAUGUGGCAGCAAAAAAUCCAUACAUCUCUGCAAAGUGUUGAAUAACUAGUAAUUAUACUAACUUUUAAUGCAGGUAUUUGUAUUAUUAAUCUUUGUGUGUUAAAGUGACUUUUCAGAAAGACUGAUGUUUGAAAAAGGAAGAUGGUUAACUAUGGAUUUGUUACUUCAGUGUUUCUUUUAUUUAUUUUUCUAAAUAAAGUUACUGCAAAACUUUUA